GCCAGAUAGUGGGUUCCAGCCGCUCUGUGCCGUCUCCAAGAGCACAUUGGCUGUAAGUCUGCAAUAGAUGGACUUUGCACCAUUUUACACCAACACUCAUUCAAAUUUUCACACAGGGUCCUGUCAUCCCCCUGAAUAGGCAUAACAUUCACCACCAAGGGGGUACAGAACCAAAACUUCGCGAUUUCCUAAAAAUGAUGUUUAUAGCUGUUGGUUGUUUUUUAUUUCUAAACCGACCGAGCUAUUCUUGACGCGACUGGAUGUCCACACAACCGCAGAUCAAAGCGUGCACCUGCCUGUCUGUCUGCGCCCGCCCGCACGCAUUUCCGGGCUGCUGCUGUCUCGCCGCCGCCCUCCCACCUUGUCAUUCCAUUGGGCCGCAGUGGGUGACUGCUGGCUUCGCGCUCCGGACUGGUUUGUCCUGUGGGGCUUGCUGUAGGAGAGGUGUUACUGGGCACAGAGGAGCCUGGCAGCAGGAAGACAGGCAGACUGGGGAGCAGGACCUUACAGGAGGUCAGUAUCAUGUCUUACCUGGGAUAAUAUAUAUAUAUUGUGUAAGGUGUAUAGAGGAUAUAAAUUAUACUGUGUGUCCAUAUCAUAACACUCAGUAUCAUGUCUUACCUGGGAUAAUAUAUAUAUUAUGUAAGGUGUAUAGAGGAUAUAAAUUAUACUGUGUGUUCAUAUCAUAACACUCAGUAUCAUGUCUUACCUGGGAUAAUAUAUAUAUUAUGUAAGGUGUAUAGAGGAUAUAAAUUAUACUGUGUGUUCAUAUCAUAACACUCAGUAUCAUGUCUUACCUGGGAUAAUAUAUAUAUUAUGUAAGGUGUAUAGAUGAUAUAAAUUAUACUGUGUGUUCCUAUCAUAACACUCAGUAUCAUGUCUUACCUGGGAUAAUAUAUAUAUAUAUUAUGUAAGGUAUAUAGAGGAUAUAAAUUAUACUGUGUGUUCAUAUCAUAACACUCAGUAUCAUGUCUUACCUGGGAUAAUAUAUAUAUUGUGUAAGGUGUAUAGAGGAUAUAAAUUAUACUGUGUGUUCAUAUCAUAACACUCUGUAUCAUGUCUUACCUGGGAUAAUAUAUAUAUUGUGUAAGGUGUAUAGAGGAUAUAAAUUAUACUGUGUGUUCAUAUCAUAACACUCAGUAUCAUGCUUACCUGGAUAAUAUAUAUAUUGUAAGGUGUAUAGGAUAUAAAUUAUACUGUGUGUUACAUAUCAUAACACUCAGUAUCAUGUCUUACCUGGGAUAAUAUAUAUAUUAUGUAAGUGUAUAGAGGAUAUAAAUUAUACUGUGUGUUCCAUAUCAUAACACUCAGUAUCAUGUCUUACCUGGGAUAAUAUAUAUAUUGUGUAAGGUGUAUAGAGGAUAUAAAUUAUACUGUGUGUUCCUAUCAUAACACUCAGUAUCAUGUCUUACCUGGGAUAAUAUUUAUAUUGUGUAAGGUGUAUAGAGGAUAUAAAUUAUACUGUGUGUUCAUAUCAUAACACUCAGUAUCAUGUCUUACCUGGGAUAAUAUAUAUAUAUUGUGUAAGGUGUAUAGAGGAUAUAAAUUAUACUGUGUGUUCAUAUCAUAACACUCAGUAUCAUGUCUUACCUGGGAUAAUAUAUAUAUUAUGUAAUGUGUAUAGAGGAUAUAAAUUAUACUGUGUGUUCCUAUCAUAACACUCAGUAUCAUGUCUUACCUGGGAUAAUAUAUAUAUUGUGUAAGUGUAUAGAGGAUAUAAAUUAUACUGUGUGUUCCUAUCAUAACACUCAGUAUCAUGUCUUACCUGGGAUAAUAUAUAUAUUAUGUAAUGUGUAUAGAGGAUAUAAAUUAUACUGUGUGUUCAUAUCAUAACACUCAGUAUCAUGUCUUACCUGGGAUAAUAUAUAUAUUAUGUAAUGUGUAUAGAGGAUAUAAAUUAUACUGUGUGUUCCUAUCAUAACACUCAGUAUCAUGUCUUACCUGGGAUAAUAUAUAUAUUAUGUAAGGUGUAUAGAGGAUAUAAAUUAUACUGUGUGUUCCUAUCAUAACACUCAGUAUCAUGUCUUACCUGGGAUAAUAUAUAUAUUAUGUAAUGUGUAUAGAGGAUAUAAAUUAUACUGUGUGUUCAUAUCAUAACACUCAGUAUCAUGUCUUACCUGGGAUAAUAUAUAUAUUGUGUAGUGUGUAUAGAGGAUAUAAAUUAUACUGUGUGUCCAUAUCAUAACACUCAGUAUCAUGUCUUACCUGGGAUAAUAUAUAUAUUGUGUAAGGUGUAUAGAGGAUAUAAAUUAUACUGUGUGUUCAUAUCAUAACACUCAGUAUCAUGUCUUACCUGGGAUAAUAUAUAUAUAUAUUAUGUAAGCUGUAUAGAUGAUAUAAAUUAUACUGUGUGUUCAUAUCAUAACACUCAGUAUCAUGUCUUACCUGGGAUAAUAUAUAUAUUGUGUAAGGUGUAUAGAGGAUAUAAAUUAUACUGUGUGUUCAUAUCAUAACACUCAGUAUCAUGUCUUACCUGGGAUAAUAUAUAUAUUGUGUAAGGUGUAUAGAGUAUAUAAAUUAUACUGUGUGUUCAUAUCAUAACACUCAGUAUCAUGUCUUACCUGGGAAAAUAUAUAUAUUGUGUAAGGUAUAUAGAGGAUAUAAAUUAUACUGUGUGUUCAUAUCAUAACACUCAGUAUCAUGUCUUACCUGGGAUAAUAUAUAUAUUAUGUAAUGUGUAUAGAGGAUAUAAAUUAUACUGUGUGUUCCUAUCAUAACACUCAGUAUCAUGUCUUACCUGGGAUAAUAUAUAUAUUGUGUAAGGUAUAUAGAGGAUAUAAAUUAUACUGUGUGUUCCUAUCAUAACACUCAGUAUCAUGUCUUACCUGGGAUAAUAUAUAUAUUGUGUAGGUGUAUAGGGAUAUGGUAUACUGUGUGUCCAUAUCGCAACACUCCAGUAUCAUGUCUUACCUGGGAUAAUAUAUAUAUUGUGUGGGUGUAUAGAGGAUAUAAAUUUAUACUGUGUGUGUUCAUAUCCAUAACACUCAAUUAUCAUGUCUUACCUGGGAUAAUAUAUAUAUUAUAUGGGUGUAUAGAGGAUAUAAAUUAUACUGUGUGUGUUCAUAUCACUUAACACUCUUGAUAUGUAAUCUACCUAGGAUAGUAUAUAUAUUAUGUAAGGUGUAUAGAUGAUAUAAAAUUAUACUGUGGGUUCAUAUCUUAACACUCAGUAUCAUGUCUUACCACAAUUUAUAAUAUAUAUAUAUUGUGUAAAGAUAUUAUAGGAUAUAGGAGUAUACUGUGUGUUCAUCAUAACACUCAGUAUCAUAUGUCUUACCUGGGAUAAUAUAUAUAUUAUGUAAUGUGUAUAGAGGAUAUAAAUUAUACUGUGUGUUCAUAUCAUAACACUCAGUAUCAUGUCUUACCUGGGAUAAUAUAUAUAUUGUGUAGUGUGUAUAGAGGAUAUAAAUUAUACUGUGUGUCCAUAUCAUAACACUCAGUAUCAUGUCUUACCUGGGAUAAUAUAUAUAUUGUGUAAGGUGUAUAGAGGAUAUAAAUUAUACUGUGUGUUCAUAUCAUAACACUCAGUAUCAUGUCUUACCUGGUAUAAUAUAUAUAUUGUGUAAGGUGUAUAGAGGAUAUAAAUUAUACUGUGUGUUCAUAUCAUAACACUCAGUAUCAUGUCUUACCUGGGAUAAUAUAUAUAUUAUGUAAGGUGUAUAGAGGAUAUAAAUUAUACUGUGUGUUCAUAUUAUAACACUCAGUAUCAUGUCUUACCUGGGAUAAUAUAUAUAUUGUGUAAUGAGUAUAGAGGAUAUAAAUUAUACUGUGUGUCCAUAUCAUAACACUCAGUAUCAUGUCUUACCUGGGAUAAUAUAUAUAUUGUGUAAGGUGUAUAGAGGAUAUAAAUUAUACUGUGUGUUCAUAUCAUAACACUCAGUAUCAUGUCUUACCUGGGAUAAUAUAUAUAUUGUGUAAGGUGUAUAGAGGAUAUAAAUUAUACUGUGUGUUCAUAUCAUAACACUCAGUAUCAUGUCUUACCUGGGAUAAUAUAUAUAUUAUGUAAUGUGUAUACAGGGAGUGCAGAAUUAUUAGGCAAGUUGUAUUUUUGAGGAUUAAUUUUAUUAUUGAACAACAACCAUGUUCUCAAUGAACCCAAAAAACUCAUUAAUAUCAAAGCUGAAUAUUUUUGGAAGUAGUUUUUAGUUUGUUUUAGUUUUAGCUAUGUUAGGGGGAUAUCUGUGUGUGCAGGUGACUAUUACUGUGCAUAAUUAUUAGGCAACUUAACAAAAAACAAAUAUAUACCCAUUUCAAUUAUUUAUUAUUACCAGUGAAACCAAUAUAACAUCUCAACAUUCACAAAUAUACAUUUCUGACAUUCAAAAACAAAACAAAAACAAAUCAGUGACAAUAUAGCCACCUUUCUUUGCAAGGACACUCAAAAGCCUGCCAUCCAUGGAUUCUGUCAGUGUUUUGAUCUGUUCACCAUCAACAUUGCGUGCAGCAGCAACCACAACCUCCCAGACACUGUUCAGAGAGGUGUACUGUUUUCCCUCCUUGUAAAUCUCACAUUUGAUGAUGGACCACAGGUUCUCAAUGGGGUUCAGAUCAGGUGAACAAGGAGGCCAUGUCAUUAGAUUUUCUUCUUUUAUACCCUUUCUUGCCAGCCACGCUGUGGAGUACUUGGACGCGUGUGAUGGAGCAUUGUCCUGCAUGAAAAUCAUGUUUUCUUGAAGGAUGCAGACUUCUUCCUGUACCACUGCUUGAAGAAGGUGUCUUCCAGGAACUGGCAGUAGGACUGGGAGUUGAGCUUGACUCCAUCCUCAACCCGAAAAAGGCCCCACAAGCCCAUCUUUGAUGAUACCAGCCCAAACCAGUACUCCACCUCCACCUUGCUGGCGUCUGAGUCGGACUGGAGCUCUCUGCCCUUUACCAAUCCAGCCACGGGCCCAUCCAUCUGGCCCAUCAAGACUCACUCUCAUUUCAUCAGUCAUAAAACCUUAGAAAAAUCAGUCUUGAGAUAUUUCUUGGCCCAGUCUUGACGUUUCAGCUUGUGUGUCUUGUUCAGUGGUGGUCGUCUUUCAGCCUUUCUUACCUUGGCCAUGUCUCUGAGUAUUGCACACCUUGUGCUUUUGGGCACUCCAGUGAUGUUGCAGCUCUGAAAUAUGGCCAAACUGGUGGCAAGUGGCAUCGUGGCAGCUACACGCUUGACUUUUCUCAGUUCAUGGGCAGUUAUUUUGCGCCUUGGUUUUUCCACACGCUUCUUGCGACCCUGUUGACUAUUUUGAAUGAAACGCUUGAUUGUUCGAUGAUCACGCUUCAGAAGCUUUGCAAUUUUAAGAGUGCUGCAUCCCUCUGCAAGAUAUCUCACUAUUUUUUGACUUUUCUGAGCCUGUCAAGUCCUUCUUUUGACCCAUUUUGCCAAAGGAAAGGAAGUUGCCUAAUAAUUAUGCACACCUGAUAUAGGGUGUUGAUGUCAUUAGACCACACCCCUUCUCAUUACAGAGAUGCACAUCACCUAAUAUGCUUAAUUGGUAGUAGCUUUCGAGCCUAUACAGCUUGGAGUAAGACAACAUGCAUAAAGAGGAUGAUGUGGUCAAAAUACUCAUUUGCCUAAUAAUUCUGCACUCCCUGUAGAGGAUAUAAAUUAUACUGUGUGUUCAUAUCAUAACACUCAGUAUCAUGUCUUACCUGGGAUAAUAUAUAUAUUGUGUAAGGUAUAUAGAGGAUAUAAAUUAUACUGUGUGUCCAUAUCAUUACACUCUGUAUCAUGUCUUACCUGGGAUAAUAUAUAUAUAUAUAUAUAUAAAACAUAAUAAUGGCACUCACCCUUGCUUCAAAGAAGUAAUAGUCACUGUGCCCCGGUGCAGACCUAUGCUGAUAAAUAGUAUAGUUGAAAAAGGAUGCACUCAGAGGUCUUUUUAGAAGAAAUAUAGUGUAUUUUAAUCCAUAUAAGGUUUACAAAUGACUUGAUCGACGUUUCGACCCAAUAGGGUCUUCCUCAGGAUCCUGAGGAAGACCCUAUUGGGUCGAAACGUCGAUCAAGUCAUUUGUCAUUUAUCAAGUCAUAUAUUAUGUAAGGUGUAUAGAGGAUAUAAAUUAUACUGUGUGUUCAUAUCAUAACACUCAGUAUCAUGUCUUACCUGGGAUAAUAUAUAUAUUAUGUAAGGUAUAUAGAGGAUAUAAAUUAUACUGUGUGUUCAUAUCAUAACACUCAGUAUCAUGUCUUACCUGGGAUAAUAUAUAUAUUGUGUAAUGAGUAUAGAGGAUAUAAAUUAUACUGUGUGUCCAUAUCAUAACACUCAGUAUCAUGUCUUACCUGGGAUAAUAUAUACAUUAUUUAAGGUAUAUAGAGGAUAUAAAUCAUAUUUUACCUUAUUCCAUAAUAUAGGCUAAAAUAAUAAAGCUUUAUCUAAUUAAUAGGGGAUAUACAAUAUACUGCAUGUGUGUUCAUACAGCAUUGCCACAUAUAAUUAUUUAUGAUUUAUAGCCCCUAUUAGUGUAUAAGGUAAAACUUUAUGAUUUAUAUCCCCUAUACACCUUAUAAGAAAACCCAAAUGCUUAACUCAUUUGAUAGACCUUAAGGAUUAUUUAACCAAUCUACACAUUGAAGGGACACUGUAGCCACCAUAACUACAGCUUAAUAUAGUUGUUAUGGUAAGUAUAGUAUGUCCCUGUAGGCAUUUUCAGAGAAAAGGCAGCGUUUACCUUACUGCCUAGGGACACCUCCUGUGGUUGUCACUCAGACAGUCACUAUAUUUGCUUCCUGGGUAACGUUCAUCGUCUCCACGCUCUGCUGAACUUUCCCUAUAGAGAUGCAUUCCCUACAGAGAUGCUGAUUGGUGCAGAGCUGCGUUUUUCUGCGCAUGCACAUUACCCUUUCAAUAUAUUUCUAUGGGAAAGCAUUAGAUUUGCUGAGAUAGUCAAUUCUGAUGAUUUCAGCCAUGCAGGCAGAGUAUUGCCAGCGUAAUAAAUGUAAGUUUGGAUCCUAUUUGAAGGUGGCAGAAGUGGGCCAGUGACCUAAAUAGUGUUUUCAACACUAAGGGGUCAGAAAUAGUGAUGUUCGCGAACGGUUCGCCGCGAUCAGUUUGCCGCGGACUCAUCAUUGAGUAAACUUUGACCCUGUACCUCACAGUCAGCAGACACAUUCCAGCCAAUCAGCAGCAGCCCCUCCCUCCCACCUCCUGGACAGCAUCCAUUGUGAAGCUGCAUUCUUAGUGAGCUGUCCAGGAGGUGGGAGGGGCUGCUGCUGAUUGGCUGGAAUGUGUCUGCUGACUGUGAGGUGCAGGGUCAAAGUUUACUCAAUGAUGAGUCCGUGGCGAACUAUUCGGUGAACAGUUUGGGACAUCACUAGUCAGGAAUAGAGAAGUCGCGAACGGCUCGCUGCGGUUCACCGCGAACGGCUCGUGGCGAGCUCCGGUCAGCUGACACAUCCCGGCCAAUCUCCAGCAGAUCCUCCCUCCCAGACCCUCCCACCUCCUGGACAGCAUCCAUGUUGAAGCUGCCCGGGAUGUGUCAGCUGACCGGAGCUCGCGGCGAGCCGUUCGCGGGAAGUUCGCGAACGGUUCGCGACAUCUCUAGUCAGGAAUACACAUUUGUAUUCCUGACCCUAUAAUGUUCCUUUAAACCCGACAAAUAAAUGUUUUUAAAAAUGUAAGUGGCAACUGAAUUUUAAAAUGUAGAUCAAAACAAAACUGAUAAAAAAAAGUUCCAACUCUGUUAUUUCAGCCUUUAUGAAGCACAUUUUUCACAAUGAGCAUUCAAUACUAGAAUGAACAUGCGUAAUUUCCAACAAUAUCCUUUUAACCAAUUACAUUCUUCUGGUUGGUGAAACCAACAGGAUUAUUAACUAAAGUGAGAAUUGUUGGGAAUUUAACAUGAAUUUUACAUAUUAGCCCAAAGUAGCCAAACUGAAGGCAUAACUGAGAAUGUUUCCAAUUCUGCUCUUUUGGUUUAAACUUUUAAAUUCAAUUUGAACAAUUCACUUGAGAGAAUAACGGUCAUUGUUUUGCUGUUUGUUUAUUACAUUUCUGUUGUUUGCUAGUAUAGAAAUUGUGGGGUUUUUUUGGUUGAUAUGCUGUUUAUGCUGUUGGUCGCAAGAUUGUUUUGGGAUUUAAGGUACUAAAAACGUUGCACUGUGGUGUGUUUUCUGAAUUGGAACUAUGGUUUAAUUUUCUCAUUUUGAUCUUUCUCACUAACAUAGUAAAACACAGGUGAAAAUUCAAAGUGAAUUUCAAAUUUAAGGUCCAAAUAGCAAAACUUAAAAAAUUCAGUUACACUCCUGCCUUAAAUUUGAAAUUAUCUUUGAAUUCCUACUUUAGUAAAUAUCAUUUGGAGUUUUAGAAAAUUGAAAUCCAAAUGGCAAAACAAGUAUGCUUAAAGGAACAGUAUAAUGUUUGGAAUACAGCUUUGUAUUCCUAACAUUAUAGGAUGCUUCUACAUCUCUAGUGUCGUUGUCCCCUGUCACAAAAUGAUUUUUAGCCUGAUUCCAGUGCUGAGGUCCCUAUGCACUGGGUUGGGAUACUCCUCCGGCUACAUCAGCGAUGGGGAGAACCUAAUACGCACUGCAUGCGCUCUAGGACUUCAUCAUAGGAAAAGUCAACCCUGCCACUAGAGUAAAAAUUAGCCCUGGAAUAUAAUUAUUGUAAUUUCUCAGAAACUGCAAUAAUUCACAGUGCAGUGUUAAGGGGACACAGGGAAUGCCAUGAAGUGGUUUGGGUGUUUAUAUUGUCCCUUUAAAUUUUCAAGCUGUGUCUAGCUGUGUCAUUCAUAUUACUCAAAAUCAGUAUUUAGUGAAUAACUCUGCAAUAGACUGGUCUGUAUGGGCAGCAUUUCAUUGAAAACUAAGUCUAACUGUUCUCCCAGGAAAACAGUCUGUAGAGAGUUGUGUUUAACCUGUAAUGAAAACUUUGCUGCUUCUGCAAAGUGAAAAUGUUUUGCAAUGCAGGGGUUAAAACAGCAGGGGCACUGCACCAAGAACAUUCUGAAAAUGUUUCCAAAUCUGCUAUUUUCGCAUAAUUUAUGCAAUUCAGUUUUACAUUCCUGCAAUUUACUCCUUAUAGAAUUUACGCCACUGGGUUGUUCACUAAACAAUGAAUUGCUAGGGGAUUUAAAGGGCAUUUCCAAAUUUAAGGCCAAACAUAUCUUAGCUGGAAAUUUGGAGGGGGUGGGGAGUUAUUAACUAAAAUCUGAACUAUAGUGAAUUGAAAUGCAAAUGGGAAAAUAUAGGCUAGAUUAGCUGAUAAGAAAAAUUUUGAAACUCAUCUAUUGUCACAGUUUAGCUAUUUUAUUCUAAAUGGUUCAGCUCAGUUUUAAUUUUCUACAAUUUAGAAUAACCCUCCUAGUACAGUCUUUUAGGAGUUUAGAUACCAGAAAUGGAUGGGAGCAUACACACGAUCAUGGAAAUACACCAAGUUGAUUGUUGGGAAUAAACAGCCUGCACAGUAUGUUAUUUCUUCCAGUGAGCUGUACAGAGCUGGAAAUACCAGCUUCAAGCUGUUGCACAAGGGAAUACGUUGAUGUAAUCAGUGCAUAUUUUAGCCUUUCCCCCAUGGGUAUUUAACCUUAUUAAAUUGAACUACCAUCCCCUGAAACAUUUUAAUAAUACAGUCUUGGCAGAGCCUACAACACUGAGCAUGUGAUCAGAGACAGUUAAAGGCAAUUUAAUGUUGAAAUUCCAUUUGUGUCAGGCACACACCAUGAAGCUGUGAACAUGUAAUUAAGGUGUGCAUGCAGGUUGCCCAUGGCCAGGUAUAAUUAUGUGUUUUGUGUUUAUGAUAGCGCACUAGUAAUAUAUCUAAUAAUUUGACUGACAAUGCAAAAUCUACCUACUUCUAAAAAUUCUGCACUUCUGACUUUUAUAGAAACCCAUCCUGUGAUAUUAAAAGCCAAUUGGACCAUCCAGCCUGUUCAUUUUUAUUUACAUAUCAUUUAAACCCCUUUUAUUCAUCAGGGCAGGUUGAUGUGCACUUAUACAGAAUUCUUUGGUUCCUUAAAGGGACACUAUAAGUGCCCCCGAGUUCUGUUUCAAACCGUUUUAACUGAAUAUCUUACGCGUGCCCAUGGCCUGUUCCCUAAGGCAAGAUGCUAAUGUGCAUUACCUAUGUAAAUUUUGUUCAGAUCUGGAUGACGUUCACUGGCUACAAUGUUGUAUUUGUUUUUUUCUACUUUAACUAGGAGACAUUUCCAGCUAUACAUUCCUUAUUGAUUUAUUUGAUGUUUAUCAGGAAGCAUACGUUGAGAGUUCUCUUGUUUUCAAGUAUUAUUAUUAUUAUUGGCAUUUAUUUAGCGCCAACAGAUUCUGUAGCGCUUUACAAUAUAUCAAGAGUGGUGGUUUAACUAUAAAUAGGACAAUUACAAAAAACUUACAGGAACGAUAGGUUGAAGAGGACCCUGCUCAAACAAGCUUACAGUCUAUUGGAGGUGGGGCAUAAAACACAUUAGGACAGGAAAUAUCAAUCACAUAAGGUGGGAGUGAAGCAGAGCUGGAGGAGAGAUUUAGAGAGCUGCCCUGUAGGAGAGAGCAAGAGACAGGUAUAUGAGGUAGAGGUUACUCUGGGAGGCUGUAAGCUUUCCUAAAGAGAUGGGUUUUAAGGCAUGUCCUGGAGAGUACAUGCACAUAGUACAAUUAUAGAUGAUUAUUAUUAUUGGCAUUUAUAUAUCGCCAACUUAUUCCACAGCACUUUACAAUAUUAUAAAGGCAAACAUUUAACAAAAAGUUAGACAAAUGCAAAUUGUUACAGGAACAAUAGAUUGAUGAGGACUCUGCUCAAAAGAACUUACAGUCUAGAGGACGAGGGGUAUAAACACAAUAGGAAGGGCAUGUUUGGAGAUAGGAACCAGGUGACAUGGUUGAAAAGUAGCAGAAUUGGAAGGUAAGAGUGGAGUGUGAAAUAAUAGUUACUCUGAAAGACAAUAGGCUACUCAGAAUAGAUGACGUUUUAAAGGACUUCUUAAAUAUUUUACACUUACCUGAUUCUAGCACUGAGUCACACUUUUCCACCGUCAGCCAACGGGGAACCUAAAGCACAUGUGUGGCGAGUGCCACAUGCGCAUUAUGCCUUUCCCAUAGAAAAGCAUUGUCUGUGUUUUCCUAUGGGGAUUUUCAAUGCGCUGGAUGUCCCAUGCGCAGAACCUCUAUUGGCUGUCUGGUAGACGGCCACUUGAGGCAGUCUUAACCCUUCAAUGUAAACAUUGCAGUUUCUCAAAAACGGCAUCGUGGUUACAUUGCAGUGUUAAGAGAUCAGGGACAAUGCACACAGACCACUUCAACGAAACGAAGCGGUCUGGGUGCCUGUAGUGUCCCUUUAAGAAAGGGGUGGAUGUGGACAAUAGAUACGUUAUUACAUAUGCUAUAGACAGACAGGAUACAAUUCUAAAUUACCAAUGAGUGCAGCUGAUUUCUGAAUUAAAUGGUUUUUGAUUCACCUUUUAUUUUAACUUGCAAUUCCCCACUGGCCAUUAGUAAGUAAGAGUGAACAUUGUCUUAUAGUCAUUCAUACAGUGAAUAUCCUAUGUGUCUGCCUACAUAAAAUCUAACCUCCUAAAAAAUUUUAUAUAUUUUUCUCUUCUUUCAAAAAUAACUAAUAUAUCAAAUUAUAUCACUCUUACAACUUGAAGCAAGCCAAGGUUUUCUGGGGAAUAAGAAACAGAAAACCCCACCAUCUGAAUAUUGGACACAGUUCGAGCAUUAUUCUCACACUCAUCCCAAGAAAAUAUACAUAUUUUUGUCUUUUAAAAGAGGCAAUGGUCUAUACACCAAAACUGCUUCAUUAGACUAAAGUUGUUUAUGCGUCUAUAGCAGGUCUUGACAAAUCUCAGGUCGCUUUGUGACUAGAAAUCACGCCCUGGCACCUGGGAGUUGUCAGCCCUUUAGCUAAAGCGGCCGACUCGGCAAACAAUGGAGCAGACUGGCCAUUCUGGGGAGCAUGGAGGCGGUCAGCUCAGGGAGUGUUGUUGCUGGCCACCCACCCUGAGGAGCAUCGAAGUGGUCGGCAGAGGCAACUCGUGAAAAAGCAGUGAUCUUUCUGCAGCUCUUAUCUGCACCCUCACACUAUAAAGUGAUGCCGGGAGCCGGAAUAUAAUGUCAUUCCGGUCCCGGCAUCACUACAGGGAGCAUAGAGGAGCUGCAGAUAGAUUACUGCUCCUUCGCACGGAGGAAGAAAGAGCAGCCUCACUGGACCCCAGGGAAAGAUCCAGUGGCGUACACAUGACCCAUGGGGCCCCGGUGCGAAAAUUGAUCCGUGGGCCCCCCCCCGCGUGCGGGCCGGGCCGCAACACAUGGCGGUGGGCACCUGGUCGCAGGGGUUACAGGGCUGCGACCCCUGCGACCGCGGUAUGUACGCCAGUGCAUGCAAAUGCACACACACUUAAAGGACCAUUCUAGGCACCCAUACCACUUCAGCUUAAUGAAGUGGUCUGGGUGCCAGGUCCAGCUAGGGUUAACCCAUUUUUUCAUAAACAUAGCAGUUUCAGAGAAAACUUGCUUAUUAAUUUUUUUACCGUUAACCCCUAACUAGCAGUAAGCAGCACUAACAGUAAAUUCCCCAUUUUUCCAUAACUCCUUUAAUGUUAUUAAAACUUUUUAAAGCUUAAUUUUUAACUUUUUAAAGAUUAUUUUAAAACUUUUUUAAUGUUAACCCCGUGCGUGCGCAUACAGCCGACGGGGAGGAGAAUCGGAGGAGGAGAGCUCUCCGCCCAGCGCUGGAAAAAAGGUAAGUUUUACCCCUUUCCAGAGCCGGGCGGGAGGGGGUCCCUGAGGGUGGGGGCACCCUCAGGGCACUAUAGUGCCAGGAAAACGAGUAUGUUUUCCUGGCACUAUAGUGGUCAACCCUUAAGGACCAAACUUCUGGAAUAAAGGGAAUCAUGACAUGUCACACAUGUCAUGUGUCCUUAAGGGGUUAAAGGACCACUACAGACACCCAGAUCACAUCAGCUCAAUGAAGUUGUCUGGGUGUCAGGUCCCUCUAGUUUUAACCCUGCAGCUGAAAACAUAGCAGUUUCAGAGAAACUGCUAUGUUUCACUGAGGGUUAAUCCAGCCUCUAGUGGCUGUCUCACUGACAGCCGCUAGAGGAGCACACUGAACGUCCAUAGGAAAGCAUUGAGUAAUGCUUUCCUAUGGGCGGUUUGAAUGCGUGCGCGGUCGCAUUCGGAGCUGAGAGGCUGAGGGAUCCUCAGCGCCAAGGGAGUCCGGCGCUGGAGAAAGGUAAGUGCUGAAGACACACACACACACACACUUACAGACGCAUACACACUAGCUAACAGACACACACAUUUACUGACAGAGAUACAGUCAGCGACAGACAUACAUACACACUCACUUACAAAACAUACACCCUCAUUGACAAACACACACUCACUAACAGACAUCAAACAGACUCACUAACACACACACACUCAGUAAGACACACACAGUAACACACUCACUGACACUCACUAGCAGACACACACACUCACACACUAACACUCUCACACACUAACACUCUCACACACUAACACUCUCACACACUAACACUCUCACACACUAACACUCUCACACACUAACACACACUCACACUAACACACACUCACACUAACACACACUCACACUAACACACACUCACUCUAACACACACUCACUCUAACACUCACACACACUAACACUCACUAGCAGACACACUAACACACACACUAACACUCUCACACACUAACACACACUCUCACACACUAACACUCACACUAACACUAACACACUAACACUAACACUCACACUAACACUCACACUAACACUCACACUAACACUCACACUAACACUCACUAACUCACUCUAACACUCACUCUAACACUCACACACACUAACACUCACUAGCAGACACACUAACACUCACUCUAACACUCUCACACACUAACACUCACUCACACUAACACUCACUCUAACACUCUCACACACUAAUACUCACUCACACUAACACUCACUCUAACACUCACACACACUAACACUCACUAGCAGACACACUAACACACACACUAACACUCACUCUCACUCUAACACUCUCACACACUAACACUCACACUCACACUAACACUCACACAUGAUUUUUAAAAAAAAAUUUUUUAAUGUAAUCCCCCAGCCUCCUUACCUUUUGGAGUGCUGGGGGGAUUCCCUGGGGUCCAGUGGUGCUGCUGGGCUCCUGUGCGGGUGGCCGGUCGGGCAGGCAGGCGGGCGCGCGAGGGAGCACUCAGUGCUUCCUCUUCAGCUCCCUCGCGCGCCGCGUAGGGAUGCCGGCGCCGGAAGAUGACGUCAUCUUCCGGCUCCGGUAUCAGUGCGGUGCGCGGAGGAGCUGAAGAGGAAGCACUGAGUGCUCCCUCGCGCGCCCGCCUGCCUGCCUGCCCGACCGGCCACCCGGGGUCAGCAGGGCCAGCCUCAGGGGGGCCCCUAUGGUGGUCGGCUCCUGGGCCCCCCAAGGGGAAGAGGCUGGCCCAGUGGCUACAUACCGGGUCGCAGGGGCGGCCGGGCCCGGUCGCAGUCGCGACCCCUGCGACCCUGGUAUGUACGCCACUGGAAAGAUCCACACAGCUCUCCCAAAGGUAGGGAGGCUGGGUGGAUUAAAAUAAAAAAAUGUAAAUCUGUUUGUCAGUGUGUAUGUCUCUGUCAAUGUUUGUGUGUGUGUGUGUGUGUGUGUGUGUGAGAGAGAGUCUGUCUGUGUGUGUCUGUUUAGGUACCUGCUCCCCUCCGAUCAUGAGAGGUGUUUUUACUCACCUUUUUUUCUCACGUUGUGACUGUUUUGCUAUGGCUUGUCCCACCUCUGUAGCUGAGAUCAUCAAUCUUUAUGAUCUCAGCUAAGCCAAUGCUUUCCCAUAGGAAAGCUUUGGGAGGAUAUUGCGCAUGUUCUCUAUGAGUAACAUUAAGCGCCUCCAUGCUGAACAUUGUAGCGUUUACAUUGAGAAUGCUACAGGGACAGUCUAUAAUCUACUACUAUUAAUCUGUAGUCGUUCUGGUGACCAUGGCGUCCCUUUAAGAAUUACAUAUUUCUCGUUAUAAAUUAAACGUUGCUAGUUAAAAAAAAACUCGCUCCUAGAUUCCAAACAAGUUUGUCAAGCCCUGGUGUAUAGUGUCCCUAUUUUAAGAAGAAAUAAUCUUUAUGUGAAACUCUUUGUGAUGGGAACGGGCAUCAUCUCAUGUGAUGCAUUACAUCUAUGGAAGAUCCUACAGUUUUUCAUAGACCCGUUCUUUUACUUGUGCAUGCGUGUGAUUACAGUAGUAAAGACUGCUUCAGGCAGGUGAAUCCACCUGGAGUUAAAGAAACAGCUGCUGAAAUAUGGCAGUGUCUGAGAAGGAGAACUUUUAAAGUUAAAGGACCACUCUAGGCACCCAGACCACUUCAGCUUAACGAAGUGGUCUGGGUGCCAGGUCCAGCUAGGGUUAACCCAUUUUUUUAUAAACAUAAAACAAAGCCUCUAGCGGCUGUCUCAUUGACAGCCGCUAGAGGCGCUUGCGUGCUUCUCACUGUAAAAAUCACAGUGAGAGCACGCAAGCGUCCAUAGGAAAGCAUUGUAAAUGGGCGGAGAGGAGGAGGAUCGGAAGAGGAGAGCUCCCCGCUCAGCGCUGGAAAAAGGUAAGUUUUAACCCCUUUCCCCUUUCCAGAGCCGGGAGGGGGUCCCUAAGGGUGGGGGCACCCUCAGGGCACUAUAGUGCCAGGAAAAUGAGUGUUUUCCUGGCACUAUAGUGGUCCUUUAAGUAUAUUUCUGUACUACUUCCUCACCCCACAAGCAGUUGCGAUUUUUUUCCCCCCCUUUAGAGAGGAACUAUUUCUUUGCAUUUCCAUCUUUUACCGUCCCUUAUUAGUCCAAAGGUAGUCAGUUUUCUGCCUGCAAUGUCUGGAAAACUGUUUAAAAACACAUCCAUUUAAAGUCACUUGAUUGGAAAGUGUUAUAGCUGUGAGUUUUACAUUUUAAAGUUGUUACAGCAAUUCUGAAAUGUCGCUGUUUUCACGAGAAAGCUGUUGCAUUGCCUAACCUUUGAUAUAAGGCCUUCUCCACUCAGUACGAAUAGUGACGCAGGAAUAUGAUGCUCUGUCAUGCUCCAUAUUACUAUUUACACUGAGCACUCUGCUCCUGGCUAAGGUUGGGAUCAGGCGCAUGGCCAGUUUCCAGAAAUAACAGGGUCUUAAACCCCAUGCUCUCACACACACGCAGGAGUGAGAAUCAGCAUGGUAUCUAACUUGGUCGCAGUAUCUAUACCACCAGGGAAGAGUGUAUCCUAAUGUGAACUGGAUUAAGAGAGACUUCUUCAAGGAUCUCUGUUACUCACAGACAGACUUCUUCAAGGAUCUCUAUUACUCACAGACAUCACAGCAAACAAUAACCAGAGACUGGUGAAAUAGUAUACAGCAAGCAUGUCAAACUCAAAGUCUGGCACGGGCCACAUAAACAAGGUUUAAGUUUUAUGGGGGCCGCAAAAAAAAACCCUUAAAUUUUCAUAGAAACUUAGGUUUAUUUUAAAAAGUACAGUAUAAAAAAAAAAAAAGCACACUCCUCUACUAAAUCCCAGACCCCCCCUAAUAAACUACCACCCUGUGCCAAAUCUGAUCCUCAUGCUACUUCUUUAAACCCUGUGAAGGUGGAGCACGUCGAUGUCACAUGGCGUUGUGUGCCUCCAUGCACCUCCAGGUACUCCACUGUCAAGUCGCAGCCAAUGCAGCACUGACCAACAGACACACACAUACUCACUGACAGACACACACUCAGACACAUACUCAGUGACAGAGACUCACACACAUACUCACAGACAGACACACACACACACAUACUCACAGACAGACACACACACACAUACUCACUGACAGUCACACACACAGACACACAUUUAAACAUUCUAGCACUCACAUCAUUUAAUUUAUUGUUCCCUAUCUUUGGCAGCUGGUGUGGGGAUCAGCUAUCUGAAGAUCUCCUUCCUGCUCCCUCGGCAGUUUAGUGAUGCCGGGUGCUGGAAUAUGACAUCAUAUUCCGGCGCCCAGCUUCACUACAGAUGGUGCACGCGAAGGAGCAGUGAGAAGCAGGAACACUGAGCUCCCUCACUGGCCCUCCAACCUGGCCGUGUAAGUGUUAGCAGGGUAGGCACCUGCAAUGUGGGGAAAGCAGGUGCCUACAUACCAGUAUGUACUCGCGGCUCGCCGGACCGCAAAGAUGGUCCUUGUGGGCCGCGAGUUUGACAUGCUUGGUAUACAGUAUAUAUUAACAGGUAUACUUAUGUGAGGGUUUCCAACAUUGGCUACAGGCAGACCUCAGCCAGACCAGGAAAAGGCUCCCCCAAUCAGAAACCUUUCAUUCUUUGCAGUGACGUAGUUACAGGCAUAGACUCAUAUUGUAUCCGUAUGAUUGCUAACACAUUAUAUUAGUUUAUAAUAUGCGCUUUGAUACAAACUGCCUUCACUCAUAUUAACAUGGUAUAUAAGUUGAUGUGAAUGUGGACUGGGUAUCCCAGAAUUGGCUCGCGUCUGUGUGUUACAGAUUUCUUAGCCUGAUACUUCCUGUGUGAUCAUUGUUCAUUUUGUUCACAGCUUUGUUUUUGCGCAGGCUGCACUCAGAGCUCGGAUAUACAGUUCUGGUGACUAAGUGUUUGCUUUGUUUUCCAUAUUAGCUCUGGGGACCGUGUCACUCUGGCAUGGGAACUGUCAAUGGAUUUCUGUGUUGGGCUGCUUCAUAAAUGUUCUUUUUAGAAGAACAAAACCAGGGAUUCCAAGAAUGUUUUAUUUAUACUUGGAGUUUGCUUCUUUAUCCAUUUUGUAUGGGUAAAAAAAAUCUGAAUAAUCAUGUGCUAAAACCACAAAGCACAGAUACAUUAUCUGUAUUAAUGGUUGUUUGCCAAAUAAGUUCACAGGCAUCUGCAUUGGCAGUCGUGUCCAACACUGCUGUAGUUUAUGCAUAUUUUAUAUAUUCCUGUUUUAGUUUCUUUGUGAUGUAGAAUGCUAAUACAUAUUUUAUCAUUUUUUUUAUUUUGUAUUUACUAGUCAUUGGAUUAAUUAUUAUAAUGACUGGAGAUCCCCCUCCAGAUAUGACAUAUGUAAGGGGCGGGUGGUAAUGUAACAAUUGUCUGCCAAAAUUAGUGAGCUUGCGAAGUCGGAAAGAUCACUUCAUUAUAGAUUGUAUUGGUCUAGGACUCUCUGAGUGGUAGCCUCCUAUUUUACAUGCCACGGAUAGUCUGAUUAAUUUAUGUCACUAUUUUUUACUUUCACCCUUUUGCUCUCUCCCAUUCACUUUAAUCUUGACUUCACAGAUGUUUGUUUUCCUAUUCUUCCUCUCCUUGCUAAAUCGAUUCUCGCCUUAAUAUCUGGAUACCUCCUUCACCCAUAAAUGUUGUUAUUAUUAUUAUUAUGAUAUUUAUAGAGCGCCGUCAAAUUCCGCAGCGCUUUACAAUGGGUGGACGAACAGACAUGUAGUUGUAACCAGACAAGUUGGACACACAGGAACAGAGGGGUUGAGGGCCCUGCUCAAUGAGCUUACAUGCUAGAGGGAGUGGGGUAAAAUGACACAAAAAGGUAAGGAUAGUAUUAGACUAGUGACAGUUGCAGAAGGGUUCUUUCUAACCCCAGAUUCUAUCAUUCAGCUGAGUCUCUGGCUCACAGUAGCAUUCAUAAAGAUCCAGCUCUCAAAACUAAGACUUGUAGACUUGCUUGCAAAGGUAUCUUCCACCCCACCCCCUCCCCUAUAUUAUUUUUCCACUAGAAUGUCACUAAGCAUUAUACUGAGCAUAACAAAGAAAGAUAGAAUAAUUGUUUUACUGAAAAUAUUAGCAAUCAAUGUUUAGACAGUUUUGUGUUCAGAAAAAUAAAUACGAGAGAGUGUGUGUCAAUAUUUAUAUAUAUAUAUAUAUAUUUUUUAUUGUAGAUAAUUUUCAUGGUUUAAAUCUCAAAAUGUUACCUCUUCAAUUGUUUCCUGUGUAUUUCCAGAAUUGCAUACACAUCUCUAGUGAUUUGCACAGUAUUUCCCUGCAGCUAUUGAGGCUGUACAGACACUCUAUCAUAAGAAACAGAUUAAGUCUGUAAAUUUUAAUAAAGGGAGUUGGAAUGAGAGACGUGAUGCUUUGUUCUCUAGCUAAUUAUUAGUAUUAUAAUUUAUAUAGCGCCAUUAGAUUCCGUAGCGCUGUACAAAGCAUGUGAAUACAAUGUUCUUUAUUUAAAACAUCCCACUUGUAUACAGCAAUUCCCAUUGAACUAAUCGUGGAACAUUACCUAUAUUCUAUUUCUCUUUGCUUUGUAUAUUGUUUGUAAUUAUUAAUCUACACAGAGACAGAGUUUCUGGACUAACUGCCUUUUAUAAAACAUUGACGGUGAUGCUGACUGACACCUGUGGGUUUUUACUUCUUAGCAUUCUUUACAUCUUAACAUUAAUCUGCUUUGGGGAAUUUGGGGUGCUCUAGAGCUGGAUCACGGAGGCAGUUUCCUACACAAGCUGUGUGUCUGCUGCAGGGCGGUGGCAGCAUCAUUGGCAAAGCUAAAAAGAAAGCUGGCAGUGUUGCCCUCAUAUUUGUUUUGCAGAGGCAAUAUGCCAAGUGUUCUGCAUGAAUUGAUUCGUACAUUGUACUCAUCCUGGCAGUAUUUGUUUUAAGUGUGAUCUGUUCUUCCAAUGAGUUAUGCAAUGAGAUGUUUCAAGGUCAGAAAAUAAAGAUUUCACUUGUGACUAGAAACUAGCACUUAAAUGAACACUCCACUCCAGGUACAAUAAUCACCACACAGCGCUCUCUGUCUGAGCUAAACCCAGUGGUUCAGGAUUUGGCUUAUUCGUUAAGAGCAAUCAAUUGACACACUUAGCCAAUGCAAUAGCACUGCACAUUCUAAAAGGUUUAGCUACUUACAAUGGGGGGGCAUUCUAGGGCAACACUGUCAUGAACAUUUGAAUAAUGUUUCUGCAUGCAUUAUAUGCACAUUUGUACACAUUGUUCAGACAAUGUUUGGUGACAACUGAACAAACUGCCCUGGAACAGUGUUGGCUAACUUCUUGCACUUCAGUUAUUUUGGAUUACAUUGUCUGAAUGCCUGGCUUGUCAUCUAAUGAAAUGUUCAACAUCUACUAUAAGAUUCUGUCUUUGUUACUAUGUAGCUAAGGUUCAUGAAAGUGUUUUUAUUCUUUGUGUGAGCCCUUUGCUGAAACAAUGUAUUAUGAAUAAUAGAGAUAUCAAUCUAUAAUGACUGUUUGCUUAUUUUACUGUCUUCUGGGCCAUCUGUGAGUUAAAAGAACCUACUUUAACAGGACUCUCUAGAACUGCAGAAAUGACCUGGAAAUUCUGUGCCUUGUUGCUCUCAGAGCCUCAUUUCUUGUUGACUUUCAGUCCAUUAUGGUCCAUUCCCAUUCCCUCAGGACUCUGGUCUCAGUUGCCUUUAGUGUGAUGAGUUGCCUGGAUUUUCCAUGCUGAAUAUUGCCUGUGAGACCAUUAUACUUGUCUAACAGUGUCCUAGUAUUCCUAUAGUCAUUUGAAAAGACAAGUUACCAUGUUCUUUGGUGUCUGAUUAUGUUACUAUCGUAUACAUUGUUGUUGUCACAAUAAAUUCUAUUUUUAAGUAAUAUAAAAUUAAGUUAAACUCCAAGAAUGGAGGGUCAGAGUUCAAAUAGUAGGGAUCUCUUUAAACCAAAAUUGUGGGUGUGAUUGCCAUAUUAAUAUUCAUAAUUUUCACAAAAUGUGAUUUAAUUAUUUUUUGGGAUUAUGUUUUUUUUAUAUGUAAAUUUUGUCCCACAAUUAUUCCUACACCAUUGACAAGUAGUCAGGGGUGUAUAUUGCGUGUCAAGACAGUCUGGCCAUAGGAAUGAGUUUCAUUUAGUCCCAAGUUUAAGUUACCCUUUAUAUAUUUAAUCCAAUUAACUUGUUUCAUUUAACCACACGUGGAGACUAGAUUUAGUUUGAGAAGUUAGGAACCCCAAGUUUGUCAGUAACGCUCUUGGGAAAAACCUUCAAGUUUUAGUUUUUUUUAUGGAAAAGACAUGUGAAGACUCCCCUGUAUGAGAGAGUAAUCUGAAAUGAGUAGUGCCUGUUCCUGUGAUUGACACCUGUCCCAGAGAACCACAUUGAGUGGAACCAUAUUAAUGUUCUAUCCUUGUAGUGAGAGGCAACAAGCAAUAGAAGACAUCAAAAUGGUGUAUUGAUCAGAGUUGGGUAUAAUGUAUUUCCAUAGCAGUAAUUUCCUUUCCUUUCUUGCAGAAGAAUCAAUAAUGUUUCCAUAAUUGCCUGACAACCAGAUAGCAGUGCCACAUGAGUAUUGUAAAAUGUUUUUGUUUUUUUUCUUCACAUUAUCGGUAACCUAGAGAAACACUUUAUUGAAGCAAGGUCACAAGUAAAAAGUAUGGUGUGUGGAAGAGAGCUCUGUAAUCCUGAAAUAUUUCGAAAUUUGCAUUUAAUUGCAACACCCAUUUAUUAAACGGUAACUCAAGCACCAUAACAACACUAUUCCUUGCGUGUAUUGAGGUGUAGAAAUGUGCCUUGUAACCUUGUUUUUUUACACAGUUUCUCAUAACUGCAGCUAAGAGCCUAUGGAUCUAAUUCUAAGACAUCCAAAUACAUGUACAGCCUCAGUCACUCAGGCGUGUGGCUGUUAAACAGCUCCACACCUUCUUUAACAGGCUUCAGCAAAGAUUUCUAUGACAAAGCCAGUUUCGCACAUGUACAUGGUCAUGUCUGUUCAUUUGUUCACAGUGGCUCUGUGAAUGGAGCUGUCUGUAAGCUGAUAGCAGCGAUGGUACAGCUAUAUCACAGAAGGCAUUCUUUGUCACUUGGCGCUUUGAGCAUUGCCUUUCUUCUUCUGUCCAGAGUGGGUUGUAUGAGCCAAUCAGAUCAGCUGGCUGAAUCCAUUGCAUAUUAUACGAAGUAACAAAAAGCAUUAAAGUAAGCUCUAUAUUUAAGUUAUAAACUCAAGGAGAGGUGAUAAAAUGUUGGGGAGGAAUAUGAAUAGGGGCAGAGCUAGUUACUGGUUUCACGCAGGAGAUGUUUACUUUCCAGCUUGCCUAUCAGCAUGGCCUAUGCACAGAUUUCCCCACCUUUCCCUUUAUUAUUAUUAUUAUUUAUUUAUUUAUUUAUUUAUAUAGCGUCAACGAAUUCUGCAGCGCUGUACAAUGGGUGGACUAGCAUCACGUAAUUGUAACCAGACGAGUUUGACGCACAGGAACAGAGGGGCUGAGGGCCCUGCUUAAUUAGCUUACAUGUUAGAGGGAGUGGGAUAAAGUGACACAAAAGUAGGGGUAGAAAAGUAGGCUGGUAGAAUAGUAUUCACUGAAGACAUUGUAUUUUUUAAUUACCGUAUAUACUCGAGUAUAAGUCGAGUUUUUCAGCACAUUUUUUGUGCUGAAAAACCCCCACUCGACUUGUACUCGAGUCAAGGUCUGUAUUAUGGCAACUUACAUUGCCAUAAUACAGACCAGGACCGCCGGGCUCAUUACAAGCCCAGCGGUCCUGUUGGGGGAUGGCAGCGAGCUGUUACUUACCUUUCCUGCAGCUCCUGUCAGCUCCCUUCUCUCUCCUCCGGUCCGUCAGCUCCCCUGUAAGUCUCGCGAGAGCCACGGGGUCAGAACCCAUGGCAACGCUCCGCACGGCACUCAGACCAUGAGUCUUGCAGUGGAGCUGACAGGGGAGUUGACCGGACCGGAGGAGAGAGAAGGGAGCUGCAGGAAAGGUAAGUAACAGCUCGCUGCCAGCCUCCCUCCUACACAGCCAAUCCACUGGACCACCAGGGAAUGAGAGCCCCUUCCCUGGCCAGCUAACCAGCAGAGAGGAGGGACAAAAAUAAAUAAAUAAAUAAAUAAAUUAAAUAAUAUAAAAAAAAAAUUAUUAAUAAUAUUUAAAAAAAAAAAAAAUUAAAUAUUAAUAAUAUAACAAAAUAAAAUAUUAAAAUAAUAAUAAAAAUGCCCACCCCCCACCAAGGCUCUGCAUCACAUACACAAACACACUCUGCAUCGCACAAACACACUCUGCAUCGCACACACACACUCAUACACACACACACACUGCAUUCAUACACACACACUGCAUUCAUACACACACACACUGCAUUCAUUAUAUACACACACUUUAAAUUAAUAUUCAAUUAAUAAUUUUAUUUAGAAAUUUACCAGUAGCUGCUGCAUAUAAGUCAAUACGUUUUCCCAGUUUUUUGGGGGUAAAGGUAGGGGUCUCGACUUAUAUUCGGGUCAACUUAUACUCGAGUAUAUACGGUAGUUUUUAUAUAUAUAUAAUGGCGAGGAAUCAAGGUGUGUGUGUGGCGUGGAGGGAUUGUUAACACCAGCCUUCACUGCUCAUGUUCCCAGAGUCUUCAGUAAGGACAGGCCUGCAUAAUUUGCGAUUGCAGAGACCUAUGGAUUGGAUUUUCUUGUAUAAUAUUUUCUUUGUGUCAUUUUAUUAUUUGGGAUUUUCAGCUCACCCAAAUAUUCUGUGUUGAUAUUUAUAUUUGGACCUGUCUCAUUUCUUGAACUGUAUUUCAAACAAUUUAUCUAAUGGGUAUUUUGAUGUGAAAUGUGUUGUUUUAUGGAGUUUCCUCCUUUAGUCUGGCUAUGUCACUGGUCACACGGUACCCACCCACAAUAAGGCUGUUUUCCUGCCCACUGUAAGAAUGUCACAGACAGCCUGGGUACAGUCUCUGUUAUCACCACUGGGAUAACAUGCCAUUCCUUUCUUCUAGUCCACUGACCCGUUUAACCCCUUUAGGACAAAUCUUCUGGAAUAAAAGGGAAUCAUGACAUGUCACACAUGUCAUGUGUCUUUAAGGGGUUAAUGCAAACUAUUAUUUACUGUUCCUUGCAAGAAAAUGUUACCAUCUAGUUUUGUACUUUUAUAUUAAUUUCUGCCUGAUACCGCAAAGCUGAAAACUGUCACAGUUCUGUUUUUCUGUUAUUCUUAUUCUUUACAAUCGUAGCUGGUGACAAGUGAGAUAACGUGGUCUGGGUGCAUUAAGUGAUUGUUUAUCCAACAUAUUGUGCUUUGGCAGUUUAAUAAUGCUCUGCAUAUAUGUGCAUGGCUAUUUUCUACCACAAAGAAGAAUUAUAAGUCAUUGAUUUUUUUGUUUAUGAGAUGUGAUCUACCAGUCUUGUAUUCUAAUCCUUGAAUAAGUCCUGAGAUUGUUUAUACAUUUGCUUUAUUGGAUUGGCUAAAAAUCGGCAAUUUUGAUGGUCACCAAGGGGACGGGGCCAGCGCCGGCAGACCCGUGGAGAGCUGAAAAUAAGGUGAGUUUUAACCCAUUCUGAGGGGGUAAGCCAUGGUGUGUUUUCACUAUAGGGUCAGGAAUACAUGUUUGUGUUCCUGAACCUAUAGUGAUCCUUUAACAUUGCAGCACUAAGGGCAAUAGGGACACUGUACCCAGACCACUUCAAUGAACUGAAGUGGUCUGGGUGCCUACAGUGUCCCUUUAAGUAACUUUCAGCAGAAGUUUUGAAGUUGCUGUAGUAUAUGAGGCAUGUACAUAUAUAUGUGGAAGCCAGUACGAUUUUAUGUUUUAUGAUUUAACUUGUUUGAGCAAGUUUAUGGAAACUGAAGGCAAUAAUAUAAAACCAGAUGCAGUACGUUUCCCUUAUUAUUACAUGCAUUAGAUCUGGCUAGAUGCUGGUUAUGUACCUUUUAUAAAUUUGUUUGUAGGUUUGCCGAGCUGUUGUAUAGUACCAUUUCAGAAGCGGUAAUAAUAAAAUAACGUGUUUUGAACUCAUUACAUUUCCAUUACCUGCCAGGUUGUGAGGAUUGUAGUAUGCCAUAAAAAUCACACUAUACAUUCUCACAUGAUUACCAGCAAGACUAGAAAAGAAGUAAUUAGGGCCGAGUUGUGGAUUUUUUUUGCUGGAUGAUAUAAAUAGAAGAUGAUUUCACAAAGAGCUGGAGUGUGGUUUUACAGCAGCUUCUUUUUUUCUUUUUUGACUUUUUUCCUUUUUUUUAGUUGUCUCCUAAUUUCAUAUUCAAAAUGUUUGUGGAUUGUUUUUUUUUUUGUUUGUUUGUGUAAUAUAGUUUUUAAUGUUUCUAAAAGAGAACUUAGGACACAAAAUGCCCUCAGCAACUUUCCCUAUAAUGGUAACUCAAUUCAUUAAAGGGUUGCUCCGUGACAUGAGUAAUUUGAAGUGGUCAUGAUGCCUGGAGUCUGUAUGUGCAGCAUUUCACCAUGAAAGGCUGUAGGUAGUUUAACCCCUUUGCUACCAGAGGUAUAGCUCCUUCUCCAACAGCGUCAUUGGGGUGCCAUCAGUCAGCAGGAACUAUGCACAGAAUGUCAUUCAUUGGCCAAGAGAAGCCAGCUGAUGAUCUCAGUCAAUGAAUGGCAAGCGGGAUUCGCAUUUGGCUUCUCCUGCACUGCACCAGCCAUGAAGGACACUCGGUGUUGAGCAGGGGCCCAUGUAAGAGCAAGCCAUUUCAAAAUAUUUUGAACCAUUACCAGGACACAUGGCCAGGGUACUCCUCACAUAUUAGUGGUUAUGAUGCUUGGAGAUUACUAGCUUAGCUGUUAGCAGGUGCAUGGCAUGCACAGGUUGUAUGUAGUCCAUAUGACGUUGAACUACGAUUCCUAUUACCCUCGGCAUUCUACCAGUUUAUGGGAAAUUUGAUUUAGUAAGGACAGGAAGAUGUAGCCCAUCAACAGGUGAACACCCAAAGUUAGACACUGGGUCUAGAUCAAAAGUGCUGAUCUAUUUCAAGUUUUCCAAACUAGCAUUUUUUCGCUUACAUUUUGCAAUCCACUCUUCAGGGCAAUUCUGUUUAGUGAAGAACCCUCACAGUUCCUUCAGAAUUGAUGGCCUUUCCAACAGUUUGACUAAAAGUUGUGUUUUUACUUUCUCUAAAAACAAUGAUGACUUCAAAUUAGGCUUUGGCUCUCACAUAUAUAAAACCACACCAUAAUAUUGUAAUAUAGACAGUCUCAAUGAAAACAAAAACUAGGAUUCCUUGUUGAUAUAUUCAUAAUAUGUGGUCUUGAUUGCGCAGUCUGGCAUCUAAGGCAAAUUCAGAAUGUUUCAGCCAUUCAUAGUGCUAUUUAUACUGCAUUAUAUUUUGUGAAGAACAUGUUGAGAGUUUAACUGGGGAUAAAAAUAAUGGCAAACGUAUGUUUAUUUAGUCUUGGGUUUCAAAUGUUCCCUAAUUAGAUAACCUGCUGACAUUUGAAUGAUAAGCUCUGCAUGUUUUUUUACCUUCUGCUGCUUAAUGUGCCACAAUGGGUGUGAAUUCAUUAAAUUAAGAAUUGUGAAGAACUGGCAAGAGAAUUGCAGAGAAUGCCUUCCUUCUUUCUCUUAUGUAAUUGUACGGCUUAGAUUGUUCUAUAUACCGGUACCUUUAUUUGGAAUUUGUUUCUUCUAGCGGUUAAACAAAGUUGCUCUCAAACAAUGCAGCUGCUAUCUGAUCCAUUUUUUUUUUUUUAAGGUUUUUUGUUUUGUUUAUGAUUUGCUUUUCCGUGUCAUGGUAAAUACAGCUCUAUUUUAUAUAGGAUGAAGCUUUUAAUCUGUGGCAUGAAUAUAUUUAUAUUGAAGAUUCUGCAACCAAUUUUAUCACUCCGGGGUUCUAAAUACAUUUUUACCACAAUUGAAUUCCUGUGGGAGUUCUACAUUUUUUUUACCGUACUCCUAGAGAUUAGUGAAUACAUAAAAAUGAAUAACUAUGCUAAGAAUUUCUCUCCAUGUACUGAUUCUUGCUUGCUUUGCCUUUUUAUCCAACAAGAAGCCAUGUUAGUAUAUUAGUAGCAGGUUUUGAAAUACAAAAAUAAGCCUGUGACGUAUAUGACUGUAACUCGUUUGGGCAGGGCUCUUCAAGCAUUCUGCCUUUAUGCCAAACGUGUUUUGUAGGAAUUGUUUCUUGUUUGACUCGUUGUGCAUCGCUGCAGAAUAUGUUGGUGCAAUAUAAAUAAUUGUAUAAAAUAAAUGCUUUAUCCUGAUUUGGAUUCUUAAUAUUUUGAGUGCCCAUCUGGUAUUCCAUCUACAGAAUGAAAGUGAGCCUGUCCUCAAAUCACGUGAAUGGCAAGUUCACCUUCAGAUAGGUAUAGAUUGAAUAUAUACACGAUGCAUGACAAAUCACUAAAAAUACAACUAUCAUCACUUCCUCCUAGCAGACCAGGGCAUCCCCAAAUUAUGUGUCACUUUCACACAAUUCCUACCUGCAGGCACAUGUUAUGGGUCACUCCAUCACAAGGUGGCAAUUUGGUUGUGUGUGCAUGUUUGUAGCCUUUACUGUUGUCAUAGUGGAUAAGUCUUUGAAAAUCAAUAAAAAUGUCUACUGUGAUAUCGUUUUCAUGCAUACGGUUCUCUAACCUGCACAUGAGUGAAAUGCUGGCUCACAGCACACAUACAUGCACCUGUUACUGAUUGCUAUAAAAAUUGGGAGAAAUUGUUCAAAGGUUGCUUAGAGGGAGCAGUAUUUUCCUGGAAACUCCUGCACAGAUAGCAGAAAAAAAGGGGAGGAGGAGAGAUGGGAUUAAAUUGAUAUCCAAAAUAUUUUUGCACGUGUGAUAAAUUCCUGCAACAGAAUUUUAGAGUGUCCCUGAAAGUGAUAAAAGGCACAAUAUUUUCACAGAGCUUGAAUAUUUAUCUGUUAGCAUAUAUUGUACAUAAAUAGAACAAACCUUGAAUAGAUCGCAGUAAAAGGACUAGGCUUAUGUUGUUGUUUUUUGUGUGUUUAUGCUCAAUAUUUUAGUGCGAAAAGGUUUAAAAAGCCAGCCAAUGAUGAAAGGCUUAAUUGACCUCGUUUGGAAUAGAGCCAGGGAAUCCGAUAUACUACAAUUGAGAUAGCUUAUAGGACGUUGAUUAACUUUCACAAGGUGUUCUGUUUAGUUGCUUAGUGUAUAUUCUCUUAGAAGGCCAGAUAAAUAAGAACAUGGAGUAUGACCGCACUUAGUUGACUUACUUUGAUGUUGUGUGGGUAAAGCAGUAUGACGUGGCUAUAGAAGAAUACAUGUCUCUUUCAGAAUCUAGAUUUGGUGUCUAUUAAAAUAAUGUAACUUAAAAGGGCAACCUGAGUACCAUAACCAAUACAAGGUGCUUGUUGUGGUGCCAUAAUGCUGUGGGCAACAUCCACUGGUUCCCAGUCAGACAUGUUAAUACUCUGACACCAUAACCACUACAUCAGCAUAUAGUGUUUAUGGUCCUUGAGCUAACCCUUUAAAGGAGCACUAUCGGGUCAAGAACACAAACAUAUAGGGUUAAAACCACCAUCUAUAUAUUUUUGUAUAACAUGAAUUGUUCUCUAAAAUCUUCUAGUAACGUCUCAGAUUAUAGGACUACUACACUAUGCAGUGCCAUGAAUGAGCUGAUGAUAUAGUUGCUUAUCUCUGCAUAAGUUACUGUUGCAGAAUCUCAUCAAAAGGGUAGCUGGACAGAAUAGGUUACUUUGUGCUUCUACAUACAGAGCUGCUGCUACAUGCAUUAACAUGAAAGACAAUCUGUACCGAUUACAUCACAGGGACGUGGAUUAUUGUAAUGAGUGCUUGCAUUUUAUGUGAAGCGCGGGAUGCGUUUGCUGGGAAGCGUGUGAUCUAAACCCAAACAUGUUUUCUGGAAGGAAAUUUGUAUUGGUCUGUGAGAAGGGAGAGAGAGCUACGGGGAAGCACCUCCCAUGAACGCUUUUGGGAAUCUGCCUCGACAAUGGUUUGGGUGGACAAGCAGUAAAGCAUAAGCUUUGGUUAUUAUUCUCUAAGCAAAAGUUACUAAAACUGUGAAUUGUUGGAAACAUUGCAGUAAUUAAUAAUGGGGACAGAUGAGCUGUUUUCACCUAGAAUGUGAAAUGUACUGGUCUGUUCCCAGCAAGCCAUGGUUCAUUGUAUCAUUCUGUUAAUAUUCUGACUUGCUUUCUUAUUCGACUUAUAAUACAGAUAAUUACAGCUCUGUGAUGUAGGAGGUUCUCAUCAUUCCAAAUUACGGUACUAACAGAACGCUAUAUGCCUACACAAACAUCAAGGCAACAUGUUAAUUUGUACUUAUCUUUGGAUAUAACUAUAAAUACAGCUGUUUAACAUAUAACUGUCCAACAGAACAGUUUUUGUUUUUAACCCAGACAGAUCCCAGCAUUUCCAAGAACCUUUUUAUGUUGCAUAUUAAAGGAACACUAUAGGGUCAGGAACACAAACAUGUAUUCUUGACCCUAUUGUGUUAAAAUCACCAAUUCGGUGGCUUGACCCCCAUUUCCCCCCUUAAAAAAAUAAUAAAACUCACCUUAUUUCUGGCCAAGCACCUGAUCUGCCUCAUUGGCUGACAUCAUCAGAAUUGAUGAUAUUAACUCUUCAUGGAAAAGCAUUGGGUUGGCUGAGUUUGGCAAGGAGACAGGCUGGGGGUGGAGCCAAACGCCACUCUGGCUAAUCAGCAUCUCCUCAAUCAAUGCAUUUCUAUGGGGAAAGUUCAUUGUCUCCAGCUGUGCAGCACUGCCCCAGAAAGCAGCUCCAGUCCCAUCUGAGGAGUGCAAUGUAAUAGGGGUUAGGAGGUGGAGCCAAAUACCACCCUGGCUAAUCAGCAUCUCCACUGCCUUUUCUCUGGAAAGACAGUGUUUACAGCAAAAAGGCUGCAGGGACUGACUAUUCUCACCAGAACAACUAGAUUAAGCUGUAGUUCUUCUGGUGACUACAGGUGGUCCUGUUUUGCGACCUACCUGUUUUACGACGGCUCGCACAUAUGACCAGUGGUAAGUGCGAGCCGUCAUGGCGAUUCCCUGCUCUGGUGCGUUCGUCUAUGUUCGGGGAAACGUCCCCGAACAUGGACAAACGCACCAGAGCAGGGAAUCCCUUAAAUCUAUGUUAGGGGAAAUUUCCUCAAACAGAGUUUAGAGGGAUUCCCUGCUCUGGUGCGUUCGUUUAACACAUGAUUUAAAGUCUGCUAUUCAAUGCAUGUUUUGCUUUUUGUUUUUUUCUGAAAACAGAACCAUUUAUCACUGUAAUGCUUAUUAGAAAAGUUCAUAUACUGAUGGUUACAAUUGUCUGCGGACAUUUUGAACAUGUGCACAGUACUGAUCUUGUGGGUACUGGAUGCAGUGUGGCAUAAUGCCAGAUCAGCUGCAACUACUGAUUAGUGCUAAUACAUCCCUAUGAAUUAAAAAGGGGGAUGGGGGGGUGGAAAAACUUACAUUGGCAUAUUUAGGUUAGCUGUCCCAGCCCCCUCACAGAGCGAGUGUGUUUAGUGGACACCGGCAGACCCACCAUUGUUGUCCUGUCAAUAGGAAGCAGCAUUCUCUAUGCGCAGCGGGGGCCAUGCCCUGCGACCUGUUCUGCCUUCAAUAUUAACAAGAACAUGCUUGUGUGUUGUCUUUGCAGAUGGCCCUGAGCUAACGAGACAUGCUGCAGAAUACGAUGCCUCUCUUUCCCACGGCCAUGAAUGGUAAGUGUAUCUUUAUAUGCAAUUACACACGCUUCUGUACACAAACCACGCAGUGCUUUGGGUAAUGAUCUGUUUUUAAAAUACAAGGUAGUGAUCUAAAUAAGUCUCUUUCUGUGUUUUAAUUUUCUGGAGCACUUUGGCCUGUAUCUGUGUACACACAAUGUUUUGCUUAUGGUUCGUUACUGAACAUGUUCUGCUUUAGAUGACUGUGAACUGGGAUCAUUUUAGAGGGACUGAUUGUGCUGAUGUCUCCCUGUCUUUAUGGAUUUUUGUAACCGUGCAUGUUAAAGUUUAAAGUAUAAACUACAUGUCUUUUAAAUCUUUCAAAUGACAUUUGAAUGAACAUAACUCGCCUUCUAGCUUGUGAGAAUGUCAUUAACCUCUCCGGACCAUGCGUUCUAUUUGGGUUCUCAGAUGUUUCAUGUCGAGUUCUAUCUUUUUUCAUAUUCAUUUAUUGAACAAGUUUACAAAAGUUAAAUAAGUUUUUUAAUGGUCGGAUUUUAUCGUUUUUUCACAAUCAAAACAAGGGGGACAAAGUUGGUAAAAUAUUUUGGUUUCCAUGGUGAUUGCCCUGAUUUUUUUAGUUUUUCUCUCUACAUUUGCACAGUCGGUGACCGUAGAUGGGAGAGAUCUCUGAAAGUAUUAUUAUUAGCAAAGUGUAAAAGUUAAGUAAUCACCAAUGGAAUGUACUUGUUGACGCCAUUGGUUUCCUUUAGAACUUUGUACGACUUUUCAGUCCUUGAUGCUCUGAUCAUUCUCCUUUCAAUAGUUAACUGUUUCAGCAGACCACCGUUUUGGUGGGUUAAGAAACCAAAGACUAGUGUAGUUUUAUUUAAUGUCUAUAUUUACUAUUUUUGAUUAGGAGUGUUGUCGACUGGAAUUAUUUCUAAAAUCUCUCAAUAAAAUGUAAACAGGCAUAACUCGCUUUAAAUACACUCACUUUUAGUACGCUCACGAGUACAGACAUUCCCACAAGUGUACGUAAAGGUGCCUCGCGAGUACAGACAUUCCCGUGCCUCUUCUGUCCGUGAGUGAACAGUAAAUGGAAGGUUCUAUUCUCGCCCGGAGCAGCUCAGUUCAGUGUCUUUAGGGCCAGAACAUUUCACACCUUCUGACAUGGCACAGGUUAAUUAUCUCAUUAUAAUAUCUACUCCUAGCUGAACAUAUAUAUUUUUUUCUGCCCAUACAUUGUCCAUAUUCUGCAAUCGGCGCCAUCCGUUGAAAGGGUUUACCCUGCCAUUUUCUAUAACUAUGGCGUAGCAGCUUAGCUGCAUUAGCCACAAUUGUGAGGAUUCAAAGUUAAACCAUAAAUGCUUAAAAUGAUGAAGAGGUGUUUCUAAACAAAGUCUGCGGACAAAUACAAAUUGGCCCUGUAUUGACAGAAAAUGGCCCAGUGGGCAGGUUUAUUUUACUUUUCCUCCCAGUUUAAGAUUGUCAGAUGAGUAAAACAUUAUAAAUUACAAGAUAAAUUGUACAAUCUGGAAUGUACUGUUUGUUUUAACUGAAUAAAAGCCCACUGUAAAUCACUAAAUAAAUCACUGGAAAUCUGCAGUUGCACAAUCAGUUAUGCCUGUAAAUGACUAUUGCAAUGCAGUACAUGCACUCGGAAGUGAAAAAAGGUAUUGCUUCACUUUAAGUACAUUUUCAUUUUACAUACAUGCUCUGGUCCCAUUGUGCACUUAAAAGUGGGGUAUGCCUGUAAUUUAAUGCUUAUGCAAUUCCCACUACUUACAUAUUAUACAUUUCCCAUUGAGUAAUCCUUGGGUAUUGUGACUGUUCCCAGAACCUGCCGGUUGAAUGAGGGACCCAGAUAAAGUCAAUUACCCCUCCUGAUGUCACAGGGGGCUUCUCAUAGUGAAUCCUGUGAUUGGAUUGUUUGCUGGCUCAUAGCAAUUCACACCAUCUCAGCUGGGGGGGAUUUAAAGUUUUAUUUUUAUCUUUUUUUGAAGCCUUUACAAUUAGCGAAUUAGCAGAGGGAGGUGGUAGGGAGCACACUAGCAGGGAGGGGAAAACUACUCUCCCCUUACAGGCACUCUGUCUGCAAUUAAGAUUACCACGUCUGCUGCCAACAUGCUCUGCGCACUGAAGAGAGAUGUAAAAUAUGCACAGACUUGACUUUGGGCAGCGUGGAACAGAGUUCUCUGUUACCCAAGUCAUGUGUGCUAGCGGUGCAACUAACUCCCGGCUCACAAAUAAAAAUAACUCCAUAUGUGCAGUGUUUCAAGCAGAUACUAUGCACAUACAGACUCCUAUCCCCAUAACCACUUUAAAUCAUUGACAUGGGCAUGGUGCUUUAAUGUAACGGUUAUACACCAGAUGCCAGUUUGAGGGCUGUCUCUUUAGUCGACGUUAUGUGUUGAUUACACCGUUAUCUCUCCCAAUCUUAUGGUGUAUCCAUCCACAAGUUAUUUUCUACACAGCAUUAAAAAAAAAGUAUAUUAAAAUAAAAUGCUUACUUGUUUCAAGCUCCUUCCUUAUGACUUUUUUUUUUUUUUUUUCAACUGCUGUUUAUUAUCGGGAUUAUUGUCGUGGUUAUUAUUUUUCCACAAUGCUGCAGUAAAUAACUUGUGGGUUGUCUUUGCCACGUUUGAAAUGGUAGGCCUCAUGAGAAAUCAGGUGUGUGUGUGUGGUUUUUUUUUUUUUCUUUCUUCUAUGAAUAGAGAUCUGGUAAUUAAUAGGAUGAGCAACAGAUCUAGUGUUUGGAAAACUAUCUCCCAAUCUAGGGUGUUGCUCUAUGAUUUUUGAGAAGCACAAAUUUCAAUUUACCUUUCAGUGGUUCUCUGUCCAAAAGCUUUAUGAGUAAGACCCAGGAUCCCAUCCCUGGAUGCCUCCUCCUGCAACGUGAAGAAGAGAUGAACAAAGAGAGUUUACUCUGCUUUCCCCUUAACUGGACUUCUAGAAUUAAACUAAUUUCUGAACUUGAAAUGGACUCCAAAUUGUUCUGGUUCAGUUUGCUUACUAGCGGCUUGUGCGACCAGUGGAAAAUAAAAUAUUAAUUAUGAGCUAAAUUCAUUUGAGCUGUUCAGGAAUGUGUUCACUGCUAUUGGGUUUUUUUUUGUUUUGUUUUUUUGUAGCUCCAUUCAGGUUGAUUCAAACGGCAAACCGAUACCAGUCUGGAGCUAAUCCAGAUCAACUUCGAGGUGAUUUUGUGAGCUAUUUUUGAAAAUUUGCCACUGAAGUACCCUUUAAUGAUCUGACAAAAGGGAAGUUUAGAAAUGAAUUGUGCACCCAAUCAGUACUGCAAGGUUAUCCAGCUGCUUGAGUUUUUGGGAGGUACAGCCUGUGAAAUCUCAGAGGGGCUACAUACCUAUUACGAAUGUCUUCUCCCUGUGUUUUGCGAGUGUAUUUCAAUGUUUCUGAUACUUAGCUAAGCCAUGGAAUAUUCUCCUGUGCUAGAUAAAAAUGUAUCUGCUAUUCUACUACGCUAAGUAAUGGGCUUCAGUAUUUUCCUGUUCUGUGCAAUACAUAUAUGUUAUAAACCACAACUCUUAUUUUCACCAGGAAUUUUAAAUGCAUGAAAAUUACUUUCCUCUGUAUUCCAUUUCAACAUAGUCCUCUUAAGUGGAAUAUAAGUGCAUGUUGAUCAAUCUAAAACUAUAACAAAAAAUGAAUCAUGAAUGCAAUACGAGUUCUGGCACUGUAUACACCCUAAAACGAGAGACAACUGGCAAAUGCCAUGUGUCUCCAGAAUAAUAUGUACGUACCAAGUUUGGGAUUUUUUACUUUGUCGGGGUGAGUAGUGCCAAUUAAAAUUAAAUUAUCUGAUAAAUGGACUUUCCCAUUGGUGCUUAUUAAAGGUCGUACUGAUUAUAAGACAGGAAAAAAAAAACUAAAAUUGCAGGUCUUGUUGGGGAAGUGGCCUUUUUAUCUGUAGCAAUCUUCAGUUGCCGACCUGUGUGCUGUAAUGACAGCUUAGAAUGUCUGUGCUUCCUGUUUAGGAACUGAAGCAUACACAGAUGCGGAUAUAGUACUGUUUGACACAGCAAUCCUCUCUGAAAAGCUAAACUUGCCUUACAUGCUUUGUUUGCAGGCGGGCCGAACAUGUGGGCCAUCACAACAGAAGAGAGAGCAAAACAUGACAAACAGUUUGCCAGCCUGAAGCCUGCGGGUGGGCUCAUAACUGGUGAGUCUUUAAUAUUUACUAACAUGUCACUGGUCUGUCUGAUCUGUAACCUCACAUUUGAUAUGUAUGAGCAGGUUUCCUGUAAGUAUUCCGCUGCUAGAGGUGAGGGGAGGUUACACAGAGCUUUUUUGCAUUACAAUGUAGGCCUGGCCAAAAGGUAGAUCACAGGAGAACUACAAAUCCUAUGAUGCUUUGCCACCACUAAAUACUAUGGGAGUUCUGCAAACAUUGGGAGGAUAUUUUUUGGCCAACAUUUAUCUAAUGAGAUGCAACAUUUUAGAAAGUAACAUUUGUUAUUUUGAUUUGUAAUCAAAAAUCUUUUUUAUGAUGUCCUUGGAAUUUUGGGAAAGUGACGUGGGUUUGCAGUGUCCUCUGACUGAACUUGGUUGGAGGAAGUCUUUCAUUGCUACUUGUGAAGAAAAUAGACUUUUAUUUGACAUUUUCUUCUUUGUUCUGUAUUUUUCCUGUUUAUUACAUGUAUAUUGCAUAAAUUGGUUCGGUAGUUUGAAACUACCGAACACCGACCCCCCCUCCUGGCUCAUUAACUACAAGGGAACCAUCUAUUAAGUGCUCCCUGGCCGGCCGCUGUUCGUAUAGCCGAAUGCCACGUGGAAUAGGAGACGGCGGCCAUCUUGUUCGCACGAGGGGAGUCAGCGGGACUUGGUCGCCGAGUGUCUGAAACUAAAAUCGGACAAUCGACCUCCCGAACCACCGCUGAAUGGACAAGGGGAGUUCUGUGCGAAUGGACAAGGGGAGCAAUUGCUCCUAUGAGCCAGGAAGAGCCAUUCGUGACUUUGUUCGGUUUUGGACCUGUUUCUGAAUUGACCGACCGCACACGCUGAAUUCAUGGAACUGUUUUGGGCAGGAGCCGCGUGUGUGGUCAGUAAAAGGUACCCUCCAUACUUUUUAAGAACCCCUGAACUGAUCUGGCUGAAAUUUGGAUAUGUUUGUCCCCCAGAUCGGGGCUAUCAGGGGAGAUGUAGGGGAUACCUUGUGGGGAAAGGGGUGUUCUAAGUUUUAGGGAAAUUGUGUGCUCUCUGCCUGGAGAUAAUUGGUUUAUCCCUUAACUUAUCUCAAUAUCUCCCAGGCAGAGGGUAGGCGUGUAUUACUGUAAAUCUGUACGUUGAUUGGCUGUUGUCUUUGUUUGCUGUGGGAGGUCCUCUUGCAGGAGGAUUUCUCAUAAAAGCCUGUGUGUUGUCAAUAAAAUUCAUUCCUGUUACACCCUUCAUGAAGUCUAGGCUCAUGUUUGGGGGAUAUUCUAUUUGCUGGGAAGAAUCAUCUUGGAACUUCAUUCAUCUAUCCUAUUCCUCUACUCCCUGCUGCAGCUAUAAUCACUUAUGCUCAGCUGUUGGGAAAAGGAACAGAAGACCGCAGCACCAUAACCACUGCAGAUCUUAACACUACUGCACUGAGAGAGUUGAUUUCAGUUCCUAGCUUAAAUUCUAAAAGGAUAUUAACAAGAUCUAUUUAAAGAAGAACAUGCAACACACUGUAUCACUCUACUGAUCACCUAAAGCUAUGUACUAAUGUUUUCAGCACUGUCUUCCUGCUGAUUAUUAUUUUAUUAUUUAUAUAGCGCCAGCAAAAUUACGUAGCGCUGUACACAGGCUAGAUCACCUGUGAUCAAGCCAAUUAGAUAAAGUACAGUAUAUCUAAUCUAAGGUUAUAUUAUUAUUAUUUUAUUAUUUAUAUAGCACCAUCAAAUUCCGUAGCGCUGUAAUGGGUGGACUAACAUACAUGUAAUUGUAACCAGACAUCUCGACGUACAGGAACAGAGUGGUGGAGGGCCCUGCUCCAUGAGCUUACAUUCUAUAGGGAGUGGGGUACAGUAACACAGAGGGUAAAAGUAGGGGUACAAAGUAGGUUGUUCGAAAAGUAUUAAUUGAGGGCUUAGUAGGUAAUUUUUGGCAGUUGCAGGAGAGGAUAUAUUUAUUUUGUAAAAAAGGCAAAAGGUUAUUUUUAUAGAUUAAUAGCUCUGCAUAUGUACAGCUUGGUAGAGCGGUGAAAUAAUUAAAACCUUCAUAUUUUUUUACUUUUUCAGCUUUUUGAUAAACUGAUACAAACUUGACUAACAUUUAAAAUGCAAACAUCACAGUAGUGAUGUACAAAUGCCACUGUUGUUGUUGGUUUUUUUUUUUAUUGGUUUUUUUUUAUCAGACCGGAGGAUCUGCUCACACUUUUCCGUCAGCAGAGAGUCUGUCACGGCAUUUGUGUACAGUUUGUUGUUCGUUUUUUUUGGUUUUUCUUUUAAGUUAAACUAGUUGCAUAGAAAAACGUUGGUCGACGGCAAUGGGGUGGUCAUAUCUUCCAGUAUUUCUGUUAGAAUGUUCAUAUAUACAUUGUUCUAGCUGAACAAAGUUACAAUAUCAAAACAUUUCCCCAAAUGUGCCUUGUUGAAGCCAUACUAGCAUUCUGAGUAUUUGUAUUAUGAGACAGACUGAUUAAUAUACAUCUGUUUUUACCAUCUGAGGCAUCCAUGUUGGAGGACUUUGUAAUGAUCCUCAGGUGGAUAUAUCUUUUAAUCUAUACUAUUGUAGGUGAUUUCUCUACCGCAAUGCAUAGAUUAGCUUUGUAUACCUGCCCAUGCCUGGCCUUGUCUGUAGAUAAGGUAAAUUUCAGUUAGGGCCCUAGGUGCAGCUGCGGCUCUAGACUUGGCGAGGCCUUAGGCGAAACUCAUACAUGAGGCCCCCACUAACACCGUUAUUGAAAAAAAUAAAAAGGGUGGCAGGUGGGGUGGCAGGGUGACAGAUGGGGUGACAGGGUGAGAGGGGUGGCAGGGUGACAGGUGGGUGGCGGGGUGACAGGUGGGGUGGCAGGGUGACAGAUGGGGUGACAGGUGGGGUGGCAGGGUGACAGAUGGGGUGACAGGUGGGGUGGCUGGGGUGACAGGUGGGGUGGCUGGGUGACAGGUGGGUGGGGGGUGACAGGUGGGGUGUGGCAGGGGGAGUGACAUGUGGGGGGGGUGACGGGUGACCGUGGGGUGACAGGUGGGGUGGGGGUGACAUGUGGGUGAAGGGGUGGCAGGGUGACAGGUGGGGUGGCAGGGUGACAGGGUGAGGGGGUGGCAGGGUGACAGAUGGGGUGGCAGGGUGACAGGGUGAGGGUGGUGACCGGUGGGGUGGCAGAGUGAGGGGCUGACAGGUGGGGUGGCAAGUACCUUUUUCCCUGGUGGUCCAGUGGUGGCAGACUCCCUGGUGGUCCAGUGGGCUCUCCAGUCUGCAGCUCAGCCAGAUGCAGAGCUGCAGACCACAUGGUGAAUGUCUCGCGAUCUCCAGUCAUAGCGUUGCCGUGGUAACCCGUGGCAAUGCUCUGAUUGGCUAGAGAUCGCAAGACACUUCAGUCUGCAGCUCACACCCGGCGGAGCUGCAGACUGAAUGCUGGCUCUCCCAGGCAGACUGACAGGAGGGGCCUCGCACCCGGCGGCAUACAGGGCAAGCCGCCGGGUCCCCUCCUGUGUCGGGUCCUCGAGGACCUGACAUGUCAGUCUGCUCUAUGGCGGUUUAGGCGGCCGAGAGGCCCCACACAGCGCGAGGCCUUAGGCAGCCGCCUAAACUGCCUAAUUAGAGAGCCGCCUCUGCCUAGGUGACUAUGUGGGGCUAGGCCUCCAUUGUGGUAAAUGUUAGUGUUAAUCAUCUGAUGCUUCUUAUGAUAAACAUUGUGUACCAGUUUUCAUUAUGGGCUGUGUGUUAUGAUAUAUCUGCAUGUUUUUCUCCACUUAACUUCGUCAUAUAGCAGUAGCCUCUCGGGUAGGAAAUAUUUCUUGGUUAAAACCAAAAAGUUAUUUUGAAAACAAAGGGCACAUUACUCACAGUUAGGGGAAGUGCAUCGGAAAGCAGAUUAGGGCUUUAUUUACUAAACUGUGAGCCAAAGUCUUAAAGGACCACUAUAAUGCCAGGAAAACAUACUGGUUUUCCUGGCACUAUAGUGCCCUGAGGGUACCCCCUCCCGCCGGGCUCUGGGGAGAGGAAAGGGGUUAAAACUUACCUUUUUCCAGCACUGGGCGGGGACCUCUCCUCCGCCGAUCCUCCUCUUCUCCUCCCCGUCGGCUGAAUGCGCACGCGUGGCAAGAGCUGCGCACGCAUUCAGCCAGUCACAUAGGAAAGCAUUCAUAAUGCUUUCCUAUGGACGCUGGCGUGCUCUCACUGUUAAAAUUACAGUGAGAAGCACGCAAGCGCCUCUAGCGGCUGUCAGUGAGACAGCCACUAGAGGAAAUAGGGGAAGGCUUAACCCAUUCACAAACAUAGCAGUUUCUCUGAAACUGCUAUGUUUAUGAAAAAAUGGGUUAACCCUAGCUGGACCUGGCACCCAGACCACUUCAUUAAGCUGAAGUGGUCUGGGUGCCUAGAGUGGUCCUUUAACCAAUGAUUCACAAAAUUGAAAUAAUAGGGAAUUGGGGGAGGUAGGCAGCCAACUCUUUAUUUAUAAUAAAUAAAUAAAAAAAUAAACACAGUUCUACUGGAAAUAUGAGCAUGAAAGCUUCUAAAUCAAUGGUCUUCAUAUUUAACCUCAUUGCACCCAGCAUAGUGACACUAAAUGCUCUUAAUGCUUCUCAUAGAAAAGCAUUAGCUUUAGGAUUUCUCUGAGAAGCAUUGGAUUGAGUGUGGAAAUUGCCAUGCAUGCAACCUUUGUGCUCAAGGCUUCAGGGUUGGAGAAAAGUCAUUACUGACGACUACAUCAGAAGUGGUGUGGCUACUCCUUUGCAUAUAAAGAUACUCUAGUCCUGAAUCCCAACACCACGCCACCCUUCUUGAAAACUUGUAAUGUUUUUUGUGUUGUCGUCAUCCACAUAGUAGGUACAUUUUCUUGAGGUUUGGAUAGUUUAGCUGGGCUAUUUCCAAACAAAUUUCACUUCUGUCUUGUGUAAGAUGCUGGUAGAAAAACACAUUUUGAAUUGACUGUCUAUGCAGUAUGAUGCAAAAUCCGUUGAAAGGACAAUCUUUUACCUUCAUUCUCUGUCAAGACGCUAGGCAUGCGUUUAGGUUUUCAUGUAUAAUUCCAGUAGCCAGGCAAAUGCUUGUUUUAAUUAACGCCAGGAAAACAAACCCAUUUUCCUGGCACUGCAGGAUCCUGUUAAAACCCCUUCAGCUACUUACCUGAAUCCAGCGCCGAUGUCCCUCUGCGCUGUCAGGCUCCGCCCACGCUCCUCCCCCACCAACUUCAGCUGAGAAACCUAAUGCGCAUGCGGGGCAAUGGCCACGUGCGCUUAUUAGACCUCCAUAUAGGAAAGCAUUAUUCACUGCUUUCCUAUGGGGAAAAUCUGACACUGGAGGUCCGUGAGGAUGUCCAGCGUCAGAUUACCGACCAAAGGUCGAUUUGGAUUCCGGAAGCCCUCUAGCCUGUCUGGUAGAUAGCCACAGAGGGCAAACUGAGAGCUGCAAUGUAAACAUUGCAGUUCUCUGGAACAGCAAUGUUUUACAUUACAGCACUAAGUGCAAUUGGGGCACAGCACCCAGAUCACCUCAAUUAGCUGAAGGGAUCUGGGUGAUUGGAUUGUCCCUGUGUCCCAUUUAAUGCUUGAAUAAAUAGGAAGUAUACUGUUGUAGUGGAGAGCAAUGGUAGCAGGGUUUAUUCUCCGCUGGUCACUCCAACAGCUACUCCGGAACAUGCAGGUUACUUCAGGAUAGCAGGCAGAAAUACAAGAGGUUAUACGAAUAUCCCAUCACCCUUCCCAAUAACUUGACGACACUCAGUAAUAGGAGCAGAACUGGUCUUUAAUCACUCAGCCUUUAUACAAUUCUCCCAUGCAAGGGAGACACCCACAGAGAAUUAGGAAUCAGCCAGUCAAUAGAUGGAUAGAGUACACAUAUUCCCUCCCCUCAGCAUGAGAGAACUUAAUUACCUGAAAGUUAUAAAACACAUUUUUCCCCAGUUCUUGGAUGUAUCCCAAAACAAUAACAUACACCCAUAAUUUACUGGGGGCGCAACAUACUGAAAAAUCACCCAGAUCGGUUCAGGGGUUCUAAAGAUUUAUGGAGGUCUUAGUUUUACCGACUGCACACGAGGUGUAAGCCGAGCAUAGUUCCAUGCGUUUUGGCCAUGCGUGGUUGGUCUCCAUUCGUGAGGUUGAAAUGCACGAAAAUGUCUAACAUAAUGGGUUAUGUCUUUGUUCAUAUGAUUCCCCUAAUUCGGAUGACUUUUCACCGAACUCCGCUCUGUUCCUUUGAUUUCCCACAAACUUGUGCGAGGAUGGAAGUCUCUGCGGUGUUCGUGCUGUUGGGUGUCCGAUUUGGGUUCCAGACACUCGACGACCAAACACCACUGGUGCGUUCGUAUGUAAAGAUGGCCGCCGCCACGUGUUCGUAUGUCGAAAGGCGGCCACCCAGGGAAUACCCAGUCAGUUUAUGCGGUUGGCAAUUAAGGCAGUGUGAAUAACAAUAGUGGGGGUCAAUUAGUGCCAAUCUCCUCUCCGGGUUGGCCUGGUUGUUCGGUAGUUUGUUUGUUUGUCGAAGAAUAUGGCUUACUAUAGUGGGAAUAGGAUUCUUACCGAACAACUAGACGAAUGAUAUAAAAGGACAGCUUGUUACUUGUUUCCUAUAAGUAACGAACAGUGGCAAAUAAUAUAAAAUAAUGCAACAAAUAAGGUUAUGUACAGCCAAAAAUAUAAAAGAUUGCUAGUAGCAAAACUCAGUCUGCUACAACUGUAACAUUAUUACACACUAAAUUUGCUACAUAGAAGCUACCCACCCAUUGUCUCUGCGCUGACUCAUUGAGGGAUAUUCACACAAUCAGCAGAUUCACACAACUACGUGCUUGUUAAUCCACGAUUGGGGCCUCAGACACAGACACAUGUGGCCAGCUUGUACUGCUCUCACUAUGUGUUUAGGAAAUGUGUGAAAGUUGAGAAGUUACAGAUUAACUCAGGAUCCUGCUUUAAAACCAUGUCUGUCAAUCAUUAUCUUCAAAGUUGCCUAAACAUUACUUAUCUGCACAGACCAAUAUGCUGAUUAGAGAAUUGAACAUGAUCAGUGCAUCCUGAUCAAUCAGACUGUUUAAUAAGUGAAUGGGUGCAGGAAUUAUUCUGAUUUAGCAUACUUAAUUCCUCCCUUUAGAAUGCCAACACACUGAAAAUGUGUUAGAGCUGACUGUCAACUGAUAGGAUUUCUUCCCUGCGAUGUCUAACCCAAGAGACCCCUAUAGACUGCGCACAGUACAAAGAUGUCUCUAAGUCUGACCGUCAUCCCUAAAUCUAAUCGCUUUUUCUCCCAAACUUUAAAGAUGAUCCAGGAAAAAGAUAGCAAGAAAUGGUGUAUAAUAGCUUCAACGCAAUCUCCACAAACCUAUUUUCUCUUUAAAAGUAGCAUAACUUUAUUUACAACAUUGCAUGCACAUCUUGCAUACAAGCUUUGAUUGCUGUUACCAGUAUUAGUUUAAUUUUAUUGUUUAAUCCAGCGGUUCCCAAACUGUGUGCCAGGCACCGCGAUGUGCACAUUGGGGUGCCGUGGAAUGUUUCCACGGUGCUAUAAUCAUAGCACCGGGGAAACAUUACUGCUGAACGGGUGCCGCGGUCCUUUAAGACCGCAAUCGAACCCCUCUAAUGUUGGCCAACUGGGAGGAAAUGACAGCCUGUCACUCCCUCCCAGCAUCCUGCGGGGAUAGCGUGAGGGGAGAGGAGCAUGAACAGCUCCAGACUCCUCACUACCACCAGCAGCAAGACUCCAAGCCACCCUCCUGGCACAUAAGGUAAACUAACAGGAGGGUGGCUAGAGAUAUUAAAAAUAAAUCACUUGUGUGUGUGUGUGUGUGCGUGCGUGCGUGCGCGUGUGUUUGUCUCAUUGAAUAUAUGAUAUUUGUUAUUUUGCAAUAUUCCAAACUGGCUAUGAAAUAUUGGCCUAGAAACUGAAGAGCCAUUUUUGCAAAUAGAAAAGCCAUCACAAUAUUUGAUACAAAACAAUUCUCAAAUAGCCUGUGUAAAAGGAGGAUGGCAUUUAUGGAACAGUAUUUUUACGUUCUGGAGAGAGCUGCAAUGUGUGCAUCAUACAGAAUUGUACCAGGAUUCUGUAUUUUGCACUAGUUGUUUGUAUAUAGUACAGUUUACAAGGGAUUGCUUUUUUUUUUUUUUUUAAUCUGUCCCAUUGUUAAGAAUGUAAUAUUUCAUAGUAUGCAAGCUCAGGAUGGCUACUUGGGCUUUAUUUAUAUGGCUAAUACCCAUUCGUAAGCAGUUUGAUAUUAAACCACGGGAGAGAAUCCAGAGGCUGUAAACACAGCCAUUAGAUUACACUGAUCUGUACUAGAUUUGUUGCUUAAAGCCAGCUUUAAAUGGUUUAAGCUGAAGCAGGAAACUUUUUUUAUUUUUUAUUUGUAUUCAUUUAUUUAAAUUGUAACUGUUAUAAGAGGAUGUGCUUUCACACUGGAGUUAAGAAAAUUCAGGGUAUAGUAGUUCCAGUGGAAUUUGGAAUAUCCAUUUAUAUCUAUUAUAUUAACCCCUGCAGAAUAGUUUACCACUAUAUAAAUACCAAUAAAUCAAAUACGCAAUGCUUUUUUGUUUGUUUGUUUGUUUUUUUGCUUGUUUUGCUGGGGGGGUUAUUUACUAACAACCAGAUCACUCCCAUGACCAGUAUUUUUGCGGAUUUAAACCUAUUUCUGUUAUCUUUUGAAAUAUUGAACUGUUGUCAUGUACACUGUAUUUCCUAUAACAAUGCUACAUAGUGUUUAGUAAAUAUUUACUGACUUAUCUUCCUUUGUUUUAAGAACAAAACGUUUGAAAAUAUCCUAACAUAACAUAAGCUAUUUUUUAUUUCAUAUUUCUACAGAGCUUCUUAAAUACUCUUUGUUGCGAACAAUGUCUAGAAUGUUUAAAUCAACACUCCCUCUCCACUAACAACUCAAACCCAUUUAAGCUGUUAUUGGACAUGAGUAACUGGGUGCCAUUUUAUCUCCAGAAGUUAAAGGAUCACUAUAGGGUCAUAAACACAAACAUGUUUUCCUGACCCUAUAGUGUUAAAACAGCCAUCUGGCCCCCUCUUGCCUCCUUAAAUAUAGUAAAAUCUUACUUGUAUUCAAGUCUGCAGCUCCUGACUCUGUCCCUGUCUACUGACAUCAUCAGAAGUGGUGGUUGCAGCCAAUCAUAAUGCUUUCCCAUAGGAUUGGCUGAGACUGACAAGGAGGCAGAUCAGGGGCAGAGCCAGCACAAGUCAAAAACACCCCUGGCCAAUCAGCAUCUCCUCAUAGAAAUGAAUUGAAUCAAAGCAUCUCUAUGUGGAAAGUUCAGUGUCUGCAUGCAAAGCGUGGAGUCAUUGAAUGGCAGUGCUGCUUUCUCUGCAGCACUGACCCAAGAAGCACCUCUAGUAGCCCUCUGAAGAGUGUCCAGUUGAGGUAUCCCUAGGCUGUAAUGUAAACACUGCAUUUUCUCUGAAAAGACUGUGUGUACUGCAAAAAGCCUGAAAGGAAUUAUUCCACUCAAUAGGACAAAUGCAAUAAGCAUUUAGUGUCCCUUUAAAUCGUUUUGCAACCAUUUUAAUCUUCGAAGGUGGGGCUCUGGCACAGGACACCACUGCCCCCGACUUCCUUGCUUCCGCAGAUAUAGGAAGGUUUAGCGGGCAGCUGACCAUAGUAAUAGGCUUGCACAUCUCUUGUGGUUAGAAUAUAGUAGUGUGGUAGGCACAUUUCUCCAUAUUUUGAUGCCAUCUUUGCAGUAAGUUAUCUGUCCUGUUUAUAGACUGCAGCCUGCCCAAUGAUUUAAUUGUAAGGUUGAAUGACCCCAUCGAUGCCAGCAUGCAGUUUUAUUAAGUCAGUGAAGAAGUAAUGUAUUCACUUAUGGCAAGUGUUUAACACAUGAAUUCAGCAGCGAAGGAGUACUGGGAGUGAUAGUAGUGCCUGGGACUGGUCUGGAGGCAAUAAUGAUGAACAUGGUCUAAAAUCAUACAGAGUAUCGACAUGUUUAAAAAAACAUAAAUAUUAACAAACUGGUAUCGACCAGUGUGCAUCAUGGGAAAUGUUCUUAGCAAACAUCUGCAGUGCUAAGGUUUUUGUGUAAUAUUGUGAUGACUGUGAAGCUGGAUUUAAUAAUGGUCAAAGUUUUUACCCAUUCUCCAAGUCACACAUUUGUUUUGUUUUUUUGUACAAUUUUUGAUUGCAGGUGAUCAGGCACGUGGCUUUUUCUUACAAUCUGGCCUUCCCCCAGCUGUCCUAGCUCAAAUAUGGUAAGGUGUAACAUUCUUUUUCUUUUUUUCUUUUUUUUUUUUUUUACUUAAGUAUUAUGGAAAAGGGAUUUCACCAACAUCGGAGGUUGGACCAUAGAUGAAACUGUCAAAUGCCUCAAUAGGAAGAACUUGAGGCAAAGAAAAAGUGCAUAUCAGUUGACCAUUCUCUUCGGAUGCAAAAUGUAACAGAGUUUUUGCCUGAGAAGGAAAGCCAUCUUUUCUUCCUACAGGGACCAGGACAUUAUAUUAACCCUCAAUAUUGCUACACCCUUUUGAAACAGUAUUGUACUCUGCUUGUUUUUUAGUUUACUUACAAUUCAUUUAUCCCAGUCUGAAAACCACAGUGUGUACUCCUGGAGCUACGUUAAAUUACCCUCACCCUAUAAAGAAAUAGAGCAUGAAAAUGACACGGAUGUCAGCAGUUCUAGAUGAACUGCUUUGUGAGUGCUUUCAGUCUCUGAGAUGGGUGGAACCAUCUUCCCAAUAGUAAUACUGUCACAUAGUAUAUUAGGAGAGCACAUAAUCAUUGUGAUUCAGGCUGUGAGUAGAGUUCUGUUACUACAAUGCAUAAUGUAUCCUUUUAGGUCACUAUCAGACCUGAACAAAGAUGGAAAGAUGGACCAACAGGAAUUCUCUAUUGCAAUGAAGCUCAUCAAGCUCAAGCUGCAGGGCCAGAUUCUGCCUGCAAUCCUUCCACCUUCUAUGAAGCAGCCUCCAAUCAUCUCACCACUAAUGUCCUCUCGCUAUGGUAUGUUCCUCUCACUUUUUACAUGCUACUAGCUGCACAUACCCUCAUGUGAUAUGCACAGAAUCUGUCUUCAUGGUGCGUGUUAGGUGUUAAAACGCAUUGAUCUGAAGCCUAAAGUGUUGGAAUACAACUGCCACAAUCCUCUACCACUAUAUGGCUUCCUGACAGUUCUAUUUGGAGAUGUCGUGCAGCAGCAUUGGGAUGUUUCUGGUUUGCCAAAAUGCUGCUUAUAGCCAGUGACAUUUUUUUUUAAUGUUUAUUUUGGCACCUUUUAUAGGAUUUUUUUUUUUUAAAUAUUUGUUUUCACAGGCAAAUAACUGGUUUACAGGUUGUGAGUAGCUGGGUUAUGGGAGAAAUAUGUACUCUUUCUUAAUAUAUUAUUUAUCAUCAUGUGAAACUCUUAUUUAAAAAUGUAUUUCCAAAGUUAGAUACACGGCUACAAUAUAGAUCUGUGGUUUGUUUUUCUGUGAGGUAUAUGUCACACAGACUUUUUGGAAGACCAUUCACCUAUUCUUUUUGUUGCAUCCACAAGCAUCAUCAAAAUGAUAAUCAGCUCAGACCGGUUUAAAUCUGAGAUUGCAUUUAAAGGAACACUAUUGGGUCAGAAACACAAAAAAUUUAUUCCUGACCCUAUUGUGCUAAACCACCAUUAAGGUGGUUUGCCACCCCUCCUCACCACCUUUAAAAGCAUGAAAAACUCCUCAUUUCCAGCGCCCUGCCGGUCCGCCGGCAUUGGCCCCGGCCUCUUGGUAACAUCAUCAGAAUUGCAAAUUUGUUUGAGGGGGAAAGCAUUGGAUUGGCUAAAAUUGGCUAAAACCCCUUCAGCUACUUACCUUUAUCCAGCUCCCUCUGCGCUGGUGACCUCUCCUCCACUGCCGACGUCAGCUCCUGAGUGGAGCAGAAUGCACAUGCGCGGCAAGAGCCUCGCACGCAUUCAAACAGUCCAUAGGAAAGCAUUUCUCAAUGCUUUCCUAAAUACGUUCUGCACGCUUAAAGCGAUUUUCAGCCAACUAGAAGUUGGAUUAACCCGUAAUGUAUACAUAGCAGUUCUCUGAAACUGCUAUGUUGACAUCUGAAGGUUAAAACCUGGGGGACCUGGCACCCACACGACUUCAUUGAGCUGAAGUGGUCUGGGUGACUAUAGUGUCCCUUUAAUUAGAAUUUAAAUAUAGGCUCUUUACUGAUUACUGAAAAUCAUUGCAAAACAGAUUCAAUAUAAAGUAUGAUAAAUUAAACAAACAAGCUGCUAAAUAGGUAUUGUAAAGUAUUGAAGUGAAAGUAUUAUAAAGUAAUUUAUUCCCUUUAUUGUGUUGUGUGAUUGCUCAGAAUGAGACCUGGUUAGAAUAAUUAUUUUUAUGUAUGUCAAAAGUAGCAGGUAAUUGUAAGGCAUUCAAAAUUAAAAAAUAAAUUCAUUAAAAAAAAAAAAAAAAAGGGAAGAUAAUUGCAGCAUAACUUUGUUACAUUACAAAGCAGAUUCCCUGACUUAUAUAGGAAUAUGACGUCUGCAAUGCUCUCAAUUAGCCUGGCCAAUCAACAUGCAAGAUUGUUGUGGUAUUCAAAUGGAUAAAUGGUGGUCUGCCAUUUUGUGGAUUUCAUAUUUUGCAGUGUUCCCUCCAUGUCUGUUUCAGUUAUUGUAACAGAAACCCUUAGUCGUUUGUGAGUUAGAAGCCACAAAAUACUGCCACCACCUAGAUGUUUUAAAAACGUACCUGGGCUAACAUUUUGUUUCUAAAGAUUCUUGUUUGCAAUAAUUUGAAAGAAAUGCCUUUGCCUUGGUGUGUAGUGAUUAUGGUUGUUCCCUUCUAAUUUCUGUUUAGGAAUGGGAAGUAUGCCAAACUUGUCCAUGCCGCCAUCCAUGCCACAGCCUAUGCCUACGAUAUUACCACUGGCACCUGCCACCUCUAUAACCUCAAUGAGCUCUCUGCCACCCUUGCCUAUGUCCAGCUCUUUUGUGCCUUCUGUUGGCUCAUCAGCGACAUUGCCAAAUGGAACGUCCUCUCUCUUGUCAUCUUUCCCUGUGCCUUUGUCUUCGAGUAAGUCUUCUUUUGAAUAUCUGCAGUGGAUUCUGUUUUUUUAAAAAGAAUGUUGGGUGAAGGAGGCAACUAAAAUCUGUCAUUUACCAAACAAUAAGCCUCCCAGAAAUUAAUCUUUUCCUACACCCUUAUUGGAAGAAGGCAUAAACUCACUGAUGAAAAGAUCAAUCACCGUAUACCUUUGCCAGCUAUCUAAAUCCAAUUCAGUCAAAGGCUUAAUCUUUAACCUGCGUUCACCUGCUUGCUUCGUCUGUUGUUUCUGUACAUCUAUCCAUUACAUUAUAACUUGCAGACACCGCUACCAUCAGACUUGUUGUUGCCCGUAGACAGCAGGCCUUUCUAGGGGAGACAUUGUAGCUCAUUGUUGUAAUGUUUGUUUUCAGCACUGCCUCAUAAUAGCUCAUUUAUGCUUAUGGGUGGAGGAUUUGGCGGCAGCACCCCCUCCACUAUGCAGAAGACUCAGUCUCUGAUAGACCUGGGAUCUAGCAGGUAUGUAUUCUUCAAUUAUGUGUGCAUAUUUUCUUUAGUACUGUGUCACAUGCAUUAAAGGUACAUUUUAAGCACCAAAACCACUUCAUCUUAAUGAAGUGGUUUUGGUGCUUAAACCUUGACACUUUUCUCUGAUAGUGUAAAAUAUUUCCCCUUUUAGAGUGAAGGCAAUGUUUACAUUUGCCAGAAAACACACUGCUGGUGGCUGUCAGAAUUGACCAAAGUCAAAACAAUAUUCUCUUAAAACCAGAUCUAAUUUGUGAUUUACAGAAUUAUUCACUAAAGACUGAUAUCUCCAUCUAUGGAUUAUAAAAAAAAAAAAAAAGAUUUGAUACUCUCCUGGGAACUUUGGACUACAUAAUAUGGGCAUUGAUCACGCUGUUUUUUGAUGUCCCAGUUUUCCAGUAGUGACUUUGAAUUAAGAUAAGUGUUGUCUAAAUUUUAGCCUGUCCAAAUGCAGCCGACUGAUGGAAAUGAAAUACUUUUUACAAUAAAUAAAUGUUAUUCUUUGUCAUUGCUCUGUUCUAUUUGUCAUUGGCUUUGGGUCUAUGUAAGCACUUCAAUAUUCUGUCCAUAGAUCCAUCUGUUCAGGUUUUUUGGCUAAUUGAGUGUAUGAAGAGAUGUGUACUAUUAAAUGGUUACAUUUAAACGUGAAUAGUAUCAGAACAAAUGUCCCAAUAUCUUGGCACCUUUAUCAGAAAAAAGGGGAGAUCGCUUUUGCCAAAAAGGGCAAACCUUUGGGCAUUUCCAACCAAAUGUUCAGAGUAGUGUCCUUUGCAUCCAAACACCUCCAACAGUUCCCGGUGCAAAAUACAUCAUAUGUAGCCAAUAACUGUGGGGUCCUGUACCCUAAGCUCAGCAACUUGUAUGCUGAUUCUUGCACCUAGCUUGAUAAUAAACAAUGGUGUGUUUAUAAUGCAAAUCGUUUGCAGUUGUGCAUCUGUGAGGGUCAAACCCAUUGCCUCUUUCCACUUUCCCCAUAAAGGGUGGGUGGUUUCUUGUUGUUGUGUGGUGUGUAAGUAGGAGAAUCCGUGUUCUAAUGAGUCUGGGUUCAGGCAUAAUUCUUCAAAUGCCAUAAAUUCUCUGUUUAGGAGUGGUUAUGGAAUGUGGUGGUGUAUGUAUCUCCAGCCUUGUGCCCAGGUCUGGCGUGAAUGUCGGUUCUGGCACAAGGAGGGGGAUCAAGUUAGGUCUUUUGGGGUCCUAGGGAUCGAUGGACUGCUGAGGUUUUGUGGGACUUCCCUGUUAUCGAUAUGUGCAGGUAGAUUAGUGAUGGUUUAUCACGGGGUUGCGGAGGAGAAGCACACUCAGGCGGACAUCUUUCUCUGCGGCAUGGCCACGCCCCUGCAAAUCCUAUAUUUUAUGCAGAUUCACAUGUGAGAUUGAUUUUAAAGCAGACAAGUGAUUGUACUUAAAGGGACAGUGUAGUCAUAAUAAACAUUUCAUCUCUUUGAAUUGGUUAUAGUGCCUGGAGUACCCUGGCACUGUCCCUCCAUUCAGUGUUGCACCAUGUUUGUGCAGAAUGCCACAAAAUAAGAGUCCCUGGCCACCCACAACCCGGCCCCUUCUGUACGUGUAGCUAAGGCAGAGAUUACACACUUCCUUGUUGUCAUACCCAUUCAUACCGUCAGUUGGAGCUCUGACAGGCUAAAAGCAGUCGGCUGACACUCUCAGCCAAUCACAGUUGCCCAUUGCUGCUCAGGGCGAUACUUCUUUAUUAGCCAAAGCAGCACAGAGGGGAUGGACUGCCGAGGACUCUUGUUUAGCAUUAAAACCUUAAAACAUUAAAAACUGUUUAAUGUUAAAAGAAAUGGUGGUACCAGGGGACUCCAGACACUAUAACCAGUUUAAUGAAAUGAAACAGAUACAGUGCCUACGGUGUCCCUUUAAAGUUCAAAUACCCAAAUGUCAAGCAGAUUUGGGUUUAUUAAAUGUGUGAACUGCAAAUGUUCAAUUAUUGUGACUGGAUAUUUCUGAUCUUGACCAAAUUUUGUCCUUGUUAACUAAUUAUACAUAAUAUAGAUAUUGUUGCAAUACCCUGAUCUUUACAUUUUUCCCUAUACUUUCAGCUCCAAUUCCUCAUCUACCACUUCUUUGACUGGCAAUUCUCCCCAGGCUGGAUUCCAGGACUGGGCAGUACCACAGGCUGCCAGAUUAAAGUACAGGCAGAAGUUCAACAGUCUAGAUAAAUCCAUGUGUGGCUACCUCACAGGUAAGCAUACAGCGCAAUUCAGGCAGUCGUAGGUUGUUGUGCUCAUCUGCAGCAUGCAUUGAUCAGAAACAAACUCUCCAGACAUUCUCAAACAUUUCUCACGUGCACUAGACUUCUACUCUCAUCACAUAUCCCAAUCUCCUUCCUUUAUACAUUUGAAAACGGCACUCUCUUGUCUCACUGUGCAUUUUGCUGGUCACAUUCUGAAUAUUACCUAAUUUGCAGAAAGAAAGAUCUAUGUAAAAUCUCAUGUCAAGAGCUUUCUGAAGUGCUUCAGAUGUUAACAGAUUGUGCCCCCUUUCGUACAAUUUCAAGAGAGAUUGGCACUUUUAUAAAACUCUUAAGCUGCACCCUCCCAUUCCUUUAAUGCUAUACAUUGGUGUGAAGUGUAAGGGGUAGAACACCCCAAGAAAAUAAUGGGGGGGAGAGACAUUAUUAGGGUUAUUUACUAAAGUGAGGAUUACAUUUCAAAUUUAAGGCCAGAGUAGCUGAUCUCCAAAUUGCUGCAGGUAUAUAAACAUGUUUCCUCUGUCCCAGAUGUUAGGAGGAAGAGUUACUUUCUGUCCUUCCUGCCCUUACAAAAUAGUUUCUAUAGCUUGCACACUUUGUUUGUAUGCACCCUGUUCGUCUUCCCUCUCCCAAUUCUAACUCCAUGCUAGUCCAAACUGCUAUGCUCUCAUAGCAGCCAUAGUAUGGCUGUUAACAAGCUAUUAAGCAGUUUAUGUCAUCUUAUCUGAUAAGUGGAACUUCUGCAUUAAACUGUCCGGAGCUGCACUGCAAAUCCCAGAAACCUCUUCUGAACAAGAGUAUAUAGGAUAAUGUAAGACCCCCAUAGACCUGCAUGUGAGGCUCCUGAUUGGCACAUCUAGUUUGAGCUGAGCUCACUGCUGUAUUAUUUUUUGCUUAAUUUUUAAAUAGAUAUGUUGUUGGUUUUUUUUUGGACAUUUUGCAUUUAAUACAUUUAAAAUGGGAGUCACUUCCAACCUGGUGCCUAAUUUUGAGUCCUUUUCCCCAUUUACAGGCUCACAGGUGAAAAAUGCACUGAUCCAAUCAAACCUCUCUCAUACUCAGCUUGCGACGAUCUGGUGAGUAUUUCUAACCACUAAACCCCAGUACAGACUGACUUUAGAUGAACUGUGAAUUAAUCUUUAUUUUUUUUGUCCUUUGAUAAUUAUCUCUAAUUUGGUUCUCUUUAUCAUUUAUAAAUUUAACCGUCUGACUUUACAAAUCCUUAUCUGGUGGAAUCAAUUCAAAUAUCUUAUUUUGUGUCAUAGUCAUGUGAGCUCUGCUGUUUAUUUAUUGAAUUAAAAGGUCUGUUUAGGCAUCAUAACAGCUAGAGCGUGCUGUAGUGGUUAUGGUGCCCAAAGGGAGUCCGGGUGCUAGGGUAAAUAUUUAAACCAUUUUCAAGCAGUUUGAUACCUACCUGAUUCCUUUUCAUAUAUCUGCGGUAGUAGUCCCCAUUUCGCUAUAGAUAUAUACAUUCUCUGUGUUUGUAUAGAAUUAACGUGAGUAGAAUUGACAUCACUGUUGCAUUAAGUAGGGACUUCCAAAUUUACACUAGAAGAAAAAGAGGUCAGACAGUGGGUGCCCAGAGGACGGAGGUAUGUUUCAAACUGUUGGAAAACUGAUGAACUACUUAUAAUGGGACAUAAUUCUUCCUACCAUCAUAAUAAGUACAUUUUUUCCAAUCCUUACACAUCAAGGAACAUUUGGCAACCCGGAUUUAGUUUUCAACUAAACAUAAGCCUAAAUUUACAAAGCCAUAAAAGCAAGCACCUUGCAAAGAAAAUUGACUUCUUCGAGUCUGUAAAGUUUCCUGUUAAGAAUGUUGAAUGUCCAGAACAGUCAUGGGACAGGAUAUGAACAGGCAAUGCAAUGUACACUGCAAGGGAUGAUUAGAAGCAAAGGAAGGAAAACACGCAUGUUUAGUAAAAUCCUUGACUUUGAUGAUCCACAAGUUUAACCUGUUAGUACCCAUAUUAGCCUCCCCUUUUACUGUUUGUUUUUCUAACUAUGGUAUUAUUAGCCGUUAACAAAUAAUCUAUAGUUCACUUAGAGUAAUGAAUGCAGUCAGGUCCCCUCUGUACAGAGAAUUGUUUCUAUUCAUAUCAAUGCAAACACAAUCUAAAUAAAGGAAUCACAUGUAGGCUACAAAACAUCAUUUCUGCAGGCUGGGCUUUUACAUUUAACCAUGCAUUGACAGUGCCGUGCCUGGUUUGUAUUCGCAUUUCACAAAUAUCUAAAUUAAAACGAGUUAUUCACUAAACUGUUUAAAGUGAAUUUCACAUUUUAAGCCAAAGAAUCCAAUGGAGAAUGUUCUCCAAGUGAGGUAUAUUUAUAGUUUUUGGCCUAAACUUUUAAAUUAAUAAUGAAUUUACUUUUACAUUCCCAGUGUGUCCUCCUUUAGUGAACAAUCGUGCAGGAGUCUAAUAUGUUGGUCUAGUAUUAAAAAUGCUAAAGAAUUGUCUCUGUGUUCCAUUUCAGAGUGUCUGUAUACAGGUAGCAGGAGAUUUAAUUUCUUGAUACAUAAAUGACCCUCAUGUUCGCUCUGCAGACACACAUGUAACUGUGCUUUCUUUUGUCCUAAGGUCCCUUGCUGACAUUGAUGGAGAUGGGAAGCUGAGAGCAGAUGAGUUUGUACUUGCAAUGCAUUUAAUGGAUAUGGCUAAAUCUGGGCAGCCUCUCCCUCUAACUCUGCCCCCAAGUCUUAUACCUCCUUCUUUUCGGUACGUUUUUCAAACCUAAUGUUUCCAGCAACAUCCAUUUUCUGUUAACUGUUUCAGGUAGACGUAUUUGAUCGUUAGAGAGUUACCACAACCAAAAACAUUGUUUUAAUAAAACACCCUUGUUGGAUUAAUCUUGGUGGUACCCGCUCUUCCAAAAAAGACAACUUUGACUGCCGAGAACAAUUUCUCCUUCAAGCUAGAUCUUCCAUUUGUGAAAUUACUCACCCUCACUAUAGGGGGGGAUAUCAGAGGGCACCAAGCUGCCUGUUAAUAGUUCGUUGACAGAAUGCAUUGGCUGCAAAUGAUGCCAGAGGUGGAGUUUGUAGGGGUGCAAAUAUGAUGAAUGAUAAAGAAAAUAUGCAUACAUUUACAUGCAUUUUAAUAAUUACCAAACAUUAUAUACAUUCUCACAAAUAGGGAAAAUAUGCACCCUCUUCUUUGUGUGUGUUUUUGCUAUUCAUAAAAAUAAAUAAAUUAAAUUAAAAAAAAUCUGUACUAAAGUUAUACAAAGAAACGCAAGCAGUGUUUCACACUGGGUUAAUCCGGCUCUGAUCGCUGUUCUGCCUUGAGAGUUUGCACUGUGGCUGCUGCCUGCUGACUUCUGCCAGAAUGCACUGUGCGGAGGUCGUUUUAUCCAGGAGAUAAAGGCAGUGGAAUGCCAAUAUCUGGCUUCAUAGAUAAAUGGGUUGGUUGUAGAGCCCUGUCACAUGGCUGAGGUUAAACCCCUCCACUUUAUCUGAACUAAACAGGCGUUCUUUUCAGGAACUUCACCAAAACUGAUACAGUUCUUGUUCUUAUUCUUCAAUGUUCAUUCUUGACUAGACGUAACUUUUUGCAUUAUGAGAAGAACAAAUCAGUCAAUGGUAGGACAUGGGUUGUGCUUGGUUUAUGAGAAAGAUGAGUUUCCCAGUCAUGUAAGUAUCAAAAAUUGGAUGUUGAAUGGGAUAUUUUUGUAGAUGAAAUGUUGGUGACCAGGACGUAUGUCCUUAUAUGUUACAGCACUACAUCUCCUGCUCACUUUACAGAAAAUGAUUUUGAAACGCCUAUGUAUUAGGCAGCAACGUUUAGCAUAUUCCGAUCGUGUGAACUUAUUUAACCCUGUGAUAGAUAACUUUUGACCCUGCAGUUUCUGUGGAUUGUUUUCUAUGUCCCUUCUAGAACUUACAUUACCAUCUCUCAGCAAGCAUCAUGGUGCAUGUAGAGCCCCCAGGGAUACAGAACUCCCAGUAAACUCAUUGUUCUCUUGUUUUUUUAUGUUAGUUGUUACAAGUUGCUGAUAUAUGGAUUAGCACAGUUACAAAAGUAAAAUUAUAGGAUGCCAUAAUGUUGCUUUUCUAGUGAUAAUUGGAAAAUCACUACUACUACAAUCAAAAAAAACUUGCACUCUAGCGUAUUCAGUCUCAUGUCCAGUGCUCUUCAGCAUAUAAUACAGAAAAAUACCAAAACGUGAUCACACUUCAGAGACUGGGUAUCAGGUUAAAAUAAAACAUAACUUUUGUGCCAUAGUUUCCUUAAAAUGUUGUAUGUAUCCGUAUCAGAUGAUGGCAGCUGCAUGCACACUCAGUGUGUGAUUUUAGGAGCAGUUCAUAAUUGAGAGCUUUAAUAUCUGUUGUACCCCAGAACAAGAACCGGGAUAUUCACCAGGAAUAUAAGGGUCACUAACGUAUUCGUCAGGCUUGUCCUGCUAGGUGUAUAUCACUGUAUACCAGAGUUCUCAAUAAGAAUUAUUGCUACACCCUUUACACUAAUUUUAAGUAUUUUUGUUUUACUUCUCAAAUUUAGUAAUUCCUAUAGUUUAUAUAGGAAUCAUAAUUAAUGCUUCCCUGUGGGCACAAAAAAAAGUGUUUCAAUGCCUUUCUCCCUUAAUCUUUUCUGAUUAUUGUAAUAAUUUGGUAAUGUCUUUGUUUUGAUGGAGUGUGGCCCACAUAGUGUUAAAGUUGGACGGAGCUGAGUUGGGGGGAUAUAUUGGUAAUACAGUUAUGUCUUUUUUUUUUCAGGGGUGGUUCUGAUCCUGUAAAUGGAACAGUUCCAUCAUAUCAUAGGAUGCAAGAAGAGGAGCCGCCCCAGAAAAAAACAGCAGGUGAAGUAUAUGGGUUUUUUUUCUUUCACUUUCAAGUCCAGAGCUAUGCUUGUCUCUAGAGCAAAAUGUUCUUGAUGUGACCAUCUAAUGCAAGGAUGCCCAAAAGGUAGAUCCCCAGAUGUUUUCAAACUACAACCUUUAGAAUGACAAAGCAUAAUGGAAGUUAUAGUUUGUAAACAUCUGAGGAACUACCUUGUGGGCACCCCUGAUUUAACCCCUUAAGGACACAUGACAUGUGUGACAUGUCAUGAUUCCCUUUUAUUCCAGAAGUUUGGUACUUAAGGGGUUAAAGUGGGCAUGUAUGACCACACACACAUCCACUGACUAACCGCAACGUUUUACGAUGUACAUGUAAUUAUUUAUAGUGUGAUAUUUGUGUGUUAAGAGUGCUAGUUGUACAUCAAAUAAUUGGACAAUAUUCCAAUAUGCCAUUAUUAAAAAAUUAUUUUUUUUGGUUUGUGAACAGGAACUGCCCACCUCACAUUUUAUAUGUGACACAUAGAGAAUAUUAAGUAGAAUAAUUGGAGUGCCGUGUAAUCAAUCAAGGGCUAUAAAUACCAAAUUAAAGUGCUUGUGUGCACAUAGCAGUCAUGGCUAACAUUGUCAAUUCAUAUAGUUAUCCGUUACAUUUCUCAUGAUGUACAGCAAUCCUAAAUUCAUAUUACCUGAGCUCUCUGCUUUUUGCUGGUUAAUGGGAAAACUAUGGCAUAUGUAGGCCAGCAGUAAGACCAGCUUGAAUAGUGAAUUUUAUUAAUUUUUUUAAUUUUUUUUUACAUUUUUUCAAACCACCCGUUGAUGUAGAGUUCUCUAUUAAGUUAACUGUGCUUUUAUUUUACUUUAAAGUAACCUUUGAGGAGAAGAGGAAGGAGAACAUGGAGAGGGGGAACAUGGAGCUGGAGAAAAGGCGACAGCACCUUCUGGAGCAACAACAGAGAGAGGCUGAACGCAAGGCGCUGAAAGAGAGGGAAGAGCAGGAGCGUAGAGAACGAGAGCGCCAAGAGCAGGAACGGAAGAAACAGAUGGAGAUGGAGAGGCGUCUGGAGAGACAGCGAGAAAUUGAGCGGCAGCGAGAGGAAGAGAAGAGAAAAGAAAUCGAGAGGCGAGAGGUAAGACAUAUACCUGGAGUUUCAUACAAAAAAAUUAACUAUUACUGCUUCCUAAAUAUCUCCUCAUUACUUUCAUAAACUGAAGUUAUUGUCUUUUAAGCAGCGUUUGUUUAUUAUUCAGGUAUAGUUUACAGCAGUGGUGGAACUAAUUCAACCAAUUGUCCUCCACAAGCACAAUAUACUGCACUUCAACUGCAUUGUUUAGGGCUCACACAGGGGUCUGAUCUGUUACUAUGUAUCAAUAAUGCAAGUAUACUUAGGAAAUGCAGUAUUAAUCAUGACAAGAAAUCUGUAUACAGAACAUGUGAGAGAAGCAUUUAUUGACAAGUGUACCAGGCAAUGAGAUGUGACUUUGUGCUUGGAUUUUUGGAAAGCGGAUGUUACUGCACUUUUAUUGGACCCCCGUGAAAGUCUAUAAUGCGUUUUGGUUUUAUGCCGAAAUAUGAGGACAACUUGUAAAUAUUUGUGUUUUUAUGCUGAAGUAUGAAACACCUGCAAAUAAUAUUGCAUUUAUCUGUUCCAGGUGGGUACCUUAUUCUUGAAAUAAAUGUCAUUGCGAUGCAGGAGAUUGCAAAUAUCUUUUAGUUGGGGCAAAAUAUUAAAGGCUGUGCUGAAUAACACGCUAAAAAUCUAUACAGUUUUAAUCAGGUGCCAUGAAUCCUUAAGAGGCAAAAAUGUAUGUUUUCAUUUGAACUCAAGCAUCCCACAAUUUACACUGCAGCUUCUGUAACGUAUAUCGUUUGUUGCUCUGUUACAAUGGAGAUGUAUGUAUGAGCUCGUGAUGAUGCAAGAUCUACUGCAAUUACAGUAUUUUCUGAAUUCUUGCACAGGCUGCAAAGCAAGAACUGGAGCGUCAGAGACAACAAGAGCUGGAACGGAUUCGUCGGCAGGAGCUCUUCAAUCAAAGGAACAGGGAGCAGGAGGAGAUUAUGAAGCUCAAAUCCAGGAAGAAAAGUUUACAGAUGGAAUUAGAAGCUCUGGUGAGAACGUGUAAUGCACUGGGUGCAAUACAUUUUACAUCCCCUCUAGUUCAUAAUAUUUAAGUCAAUUUGCCUUUAAGUAAAAGGGAGUAGUUUUAAAAGAAAAGCUUGCGUUGUCACCAAACCUUUUUUUUUCUAGGUUUAUAAUCUAAAAAUGCAGUAAACCGGACCACUGUCUCCUAAACCAGUGAAACACUGGGGAAAAACAUGGAACACCCCAACACUAACUUUUGUCAUAUACACCUUGUUGACAAUCAAUUGAAAAUCAUUCAUAUUUCAUUUUUGUUUAGUUUCAAUCACUUCAAGAUCUGGGAGAUAGUAGUAUUCCUUUUGAUCAGAUUUUAUUGUAACUAAUAUAGAUUAUUUAGUUUCACCUGUAUUGUAGGGUCAGGUUGGUUUUAAACUGACAGUCCAAAUCAUUCCUCUUCAUUUUUUUUCUUGUUUAUAUCUAUCUCUUUCUUAAAGGGACAGUCUAAGCACCAACAUCACUUCAUGUUUUUUGUUGAUGUUGAAAACAUUGGUGUUAUAGAUAAGCAGCUACAAGGGUCUCCUGUCAAAAAUAUAUCCAAUUAUUGAAUCUACUUGAAGUCUGGCUCCAGCAUGCAAAGAUUAGUGAUUCUGAAUGGAUCCUAUGCUUAUCAUUGAGAAUCAUUAGAUUGACAGUUUGCAUCGAUUACCGCAUAUGUGCCAUGUUUCUCUAUGAGAAGCAACUGAUUGGACAAAGUGCUCUGUAAUUUAAAGCAGUAAAUGGAUAGGCUUAAUAUAUAUUUCAUAUCAUUUUAAAAAAUAUUUUUUAAUUAGAAUGUUGGUUUAGAUACAAACACUUUCGUAUCGCUGACACUCUAUGGGGGGAAGAAAGUAAACACAACUUUUAACUUUGUUUUUAUUCAUUUGUUUUGUAUCAAGUUCAUACAUCUUGUUUUCUUUCUUGUAAAUUGUCUUUUCUCUAUCAAUUUGGCCUUUAGGAGGAUAAACAUCAUCAAAUUUCUUCAAGAGUCCAAGAUGUCCGUGGCAGAAAACAGAAGUCGAAGAAUGAGUUGGAAAGCGUGGAUAGAAAAUGUGAUCUUGGUGUUGUGGAGAUCAGACAACUUCAGCAGGAGCUUCAGGUACAAAGAAGAACUAUGAAACAAUGUUGGACUGAUCUUUAUAAUGUGCUGUGAUCAUCUGUCAUCUAUUUUCUUUGUCCUUUUCUGGCUAAUGUCCUAAUCCUUGGUUUUUAUGUUGCAUUGUAGACUUGUAAAUUGGGUUUCAGAGUCAAAUCAAGUGCUCUGGGCUCCAACUACGGUGAGAGUUCAAUGUUCAACAACUAUGUUUGACUUUCCCAUAUUUAUCUAGUGUGCACUCUCUCUUUCAGUUACCAUCAAGAAUGCUCCAGUGAUUAAUUCAUUGAAAACCUGGAUCAUUGCUAGUAUAAAUUGGUAUGGCUAAAGUGAAAUGUAAUCUCUGCCUUUGCCAUACCAACACAAGGUCAGGUCUACGCUUGGCAGUAGAAGCUCAUGCAAUGUUAAACCAUUCGAAAACAAUUUACUAUUGAAUGCACAGCGCCCGGAGACUCCCAGUACCAAUACCUCUUCAAUGAUAAAGUGGCAAUAGUGCCUAGAGUAUUUCUUUGAUGAAUAUGCCCAAAUGGUUGUUUAUACCUUACGAAUGAUCCCAUACCUUGUCCUCAUGGAGUUCAGAGUAAAAAAGUUAAUUGGUGUAAAGAAGACUCUUUAAAUGACCACUCUAGGCACCCAGACCACUUCAGCUUAAUGAAGUGGUCUGGGUGCCAGGUCCUUCUAGGGUUAACCCAUUUUUUCAUAAUUAUAGCAGUUUCAGAGAAACUGCUAUAAUUAUGAAUGGGUUAAGCCUUCCCCCUAAUCCUCUAGUGGCUGUCUCAUUGACAGCCACUAGAGGCGCUUGCGUGCUUCUCACUGUGAUUUUCACAGUGAGAGCACGCCAGCGUCCAUAGGAAAGCAUUGUAAAUGCUUUCCUAUGCGACGGGCUGAAUGCGCGCGCAGCUCUUGCCGCGCGUGCGCAUUCAGCCGGGGGGGAAGAGGAGGAGGAGGAGGAGAGCUCCCCGCCCAGCGCUGGAAAAAGGUAAGUUAUUACCCCUUUCCCCCUUCCAGAGCCGGGCGGGAGGGGGACCCUGAGGGUGGGGGCACCCUCAGGGCACUAUAGUGCCAGGAAAAAGAGUAUGUUUUCCUGGCACUAUAGUGGUCCUUUAAGAAAGCUAAAUUGCAUAGUAAACCUUCAAAUAUUCCAAGUUUUGUAUUGUCAGCUUGAAGCACCGUACAUGGAAUGUUUGAAGGGGAGUGUUGUCAGCUGUGGGCAAAAAGUACUUUAACAUGGUUGAGGGGGAAAUAAACUAGAAGAAACUGUCAUAUAGAAACUGCUCUAAUGUUACAAUUAGUUUAAUGCUUCCUUUUAAACGAGAAACCAUCACUACCCGCAGAGUACCCGCCUUCCACAGUCAGAGUGCCAUUUACCUGUACCACUAACCUACAGUCAUUUUGCACCCGCUGUAGAAUACCAUUUACCUGCAGUCAUUUUGGAAGCCUGUGCAACAGCUGAUUAUUAUUUUUUUCCCCUCUAGGAAUAUCAAAACAAGUUGAGUGGCUUGGUUCCUGAAAAGCAAGCUUUAAAUGAGAAAAUUAAACAGAUGCAGCUUACCAGCUCACCUGGUAAGUGGAUGAAAAUUAUCCCGACAUAACUUCUUUGCUCUCUAGAUGUGCAUCAUUGUUUACAGUUGCCUGUUUUUUGUGUCACCGGUCAUUCACCAGUUUGUGUGGCUGUGUUUUUGUUUGUUUUAAUUGUCUAUAUUAGUUUGGGAAAUUUAGAAUACAACUAAACCGUUUGAAACAAAAUAAAAUGAAACAAUUAUAGAAUGGCCCCAUAAAGUACUUGUGUAAGGGGCAAAAUAGCCGUAUAUGGAGUAAGGAUCCAGCAUAAGCUUAGGAUAGUGUAAAGGGAGCAAGUCGGUUGUGGUGUGCCGAUACCGACGAUACGGUAGGCCUGUAAAUAAAGAGGGCCCACCAAGGAGUAAGAAAGUAAAGUAAAUGGAAAGAAAAGAGAAAGUGUUGAAAUGAGGAGUGGGUGGGAGGGUCAUUCUGAUGCUGACCUCAAGCGAUAUGAGUCAGGUAAGGGGUGUCCCUUAUAUAGGGGAGUGAAUUAAUUUAAGCCCCUCCCACAAAUACAGGCAAAACUGCCUUAAUACUUGUGUAAGGGGCAAAAUAGCCGUAUAUGGAGUAAGGAUCCAGCAUAAGCUUAGGAUAGUGUAAAGGGAGCAAGUCGGUUGUGGUGUGCCGAUACCGACGAUACGGUAGGCCUGUAAAUAAAGAGGGCAAAAAUGAAUAAUCAAAGAUUUAAUACAGUCAACAAAUAUAUACAAAUUAACCAGACAUUUCCUUAAAUGCAUUACAGUAUUUAAUUCCUGAAAGGAUUUUGAAGGUAGGAAUCUAGGACCGAAAGUGGGCACCAUUUGUUGUGGGUAGGAUAGUAUGUUAUCUCUACUGUUGGUGCAUGUUGACUCAUUUCGGAAUGUGGUAGAGCCAAUAGGUAAUGAUAUAUGUGUUUACGUACGUGGGAUCGUUGAAGACAAUGAUCUGUCUGAGUGGUGGUGAUGGUAGUGGAUUCUCUGGCCUGAGAAAGGCAUAAAAGGCAAUGUGCAUGGCUGGUAAUGGCCGACUUGGUAGUAUAAUUGAAUGGUUGUAGAUCUAAUAGGUCCGAUAAGGAUGAACAGUUGGAUGGCUAUUGGUAAUCUCUGAGAGGAACGUGGGGGAAUGGAUUCCUGAAAACCUCUGAGUAUAUUCUUUUCUGGUAUGAUAGCAUGAAGUUUAUGGUAGUUUUGGCCAUAGGUUAUCAUGUGUUGUUGAAUGCCUGUAAAAUAUAUAAUUAAUGGUGUAUGAGAUAGUUUAAGUUUAAGGUGGCAAAAAUAAGCAAAACUUAGGAGAAAUUUUGUGACACAGGUUGAGCUAUGUCGUGUUCCAAUGAGAUUCUUUAAGCCAGGUGAAAAGCUGUGUUAUGCGUUCUACAAGUAUGGGACGAAAGUGCUAGGUGGGAUAGUGCAUGCUAUGCUGCAUGAGUAUGUCUAAUCCAUGAUUUUGUCUCUGGAACGAAAGAGUGGACGUGACUGUAUGGGCGGCUGUAGGAAGCGUAUGAUGAACAUGCCUGGAAUAUAAAUGAGACAGUUGUCGGCAGGGAUGUAUACCCCCGUCUGGUACAUGAAAGUGAAAUGUGAUAAGUGGCCAACCAAGUGAGUUCCCCAGAAACAUCAUGAACUUAUGGAUGAGUAGUGGCGUUUGUUGAUGAUAUGAUAUGUGCUUAGUUGUCUGAGUAACAACGGAUUGAUGACCCUGACCAUGAUUUACCCCAUGCCACAGCAGCUGCUACAAUGGGGUAGAUCUCCCAAAGGGGCUGAAGUGGUGGAAAAAUUUCCAAACCUGGAUGCCAUGGCCAACAGCCCCAAAGCAAUUGUUCCCGGUAGAUCGCUGCCAAACCCGUGGUAUACGCUGCGUCUGACCAUCUGGUUGGAGAAGUGUCAGACAAUCCUGGAAGGAACAUGCUUUUACCAUGCCAAGUGGUUAAGAAAUCCCCCCCCCCCAUGUGCAGGUCUGCUGUUGCUGAGGUGUCUAGGCACCUCCUCUGAUCGUCAUGUUGGAAGUGUGGAAAAAAGGGGAAAGUACUCUGGAUGUGAAAGCAUGGCAAAAUUAAGGAACCUGGUAGGGAUCGUAGUUCCUUGCAGUUGUAAGUACUAAGCAGGAGGUAGUGAUUGAUGUAGUUGAGAAUGUUCCCUAUUUGUCUUGUGGUAACUUGCGUGUAUGGAUGCCGACUCAAGUCAUAUGCCCAGUAAUGUGAAGAUAGUGUCUGGGCCUUCUGUUUCUUAUGGGGUACUGGGACGCCCAAGUGGUCAACCAGACUAAGCUGCCGUGAGGCUUCUAGUGAAAAAUAUGCUUUCUUUGAUUAACAAGAAGUCUUCUAGAUAGUGUAUGACUGUAAGGCCUCUGGAUAUGUUAUCAUAACCAGCACAGAGUAUCUGCGAAUAUCGAUAGUAGGCUAAUCUGUAGCUCGAAAGUUGAGCGGGGAAAGGAUUGCCCAAUUUAUGCCAUGUAAGUGCCAGUGUGUAGGGUAGAUGGUAGCCGUUUACUGCGUUGAUGAUAUUGGUCUUACUUAAUCAAGCUUCAACCCAUGCUUGAGUGAUAGCUGUAAAGGUAGAUCAAUGGUGUUGUAUAGUAAGAAAAAUCCUCGGAGGGUAUGAGGGAGUUGAAACUUGGGGUAGCGGAGGUGUGUGUUACCAAUAAGUCCAUGGUUAGUCUUUGUUUAAGGGAAGAUUCCAUGUGACAAUACCAAUGUGUCUGUUUGGUGCCAUGCUGUAAAUGGUGGAGAUUGGAAGACCCCUCUGCAAAUCUUGGCUAUGAGUGUGUUUACAGCCAAUGGUUUUGUUGUGCUGACUGUAAGUGAGGGCAUGCUAUAUUCCUUGAAGUUGUGUUUAUGAUACCUGUAUGGGAGCCCUUUGAAGCUCCAGAGCUUUAAUAAAUCUACUACAAGUCUGGAAGGGUGAUGAGUCAGUAGUGUUGAAAAUGCAUUGGUGUGUACAGAUGGUGAAUACGUUAUUUGUAAGUUGUAUUGGGACACAUGGUUUGUCAUGUGCCCUGAACUAUUUGAACAUAGUGCAACAGUCUGUAUGCAAUGCAACUACUCAUAUCAGUGGUCUCUGGUAGUUCAGAGGUGCUGGUACCUGGAGCCUGAGAGUGCUCGUCCAUUUGUUUGGGACAAAAUCCCUUCUGUAUGGGUACCUGCACAAAUAAACAUCUCCACAUAUUCCAAAUGCCAACCCAACCAAGGGAUGGUCAGUUCCCGAUUUACCUGGAAUCCCUGGAUCUAACCAUCACAGAUACAUCAUCAUACAUAUAUAUGCCUUGCUUCCCCAAUGUGCUGGGAUCAUACGUGCAGGUUUAACAUCUUGUGUGUCAUAAGAAUUGAUUGUACCAGGUAACCGAGUUUCGGUUGGUGCUGGAUGUACAGUAGCGCGAGGCCCAGCCUUGUGAGGGCUGUGGUGACCAACUCGAGAUUGCCAGUCUGUCAUAAAUUUUUUGGCUCAUGAGUUUAUGAGUGUAGCUAGCAUAGCCUGGGUGUCACCGGAGUUGAUGUAGCUGGGCCUUCCCCUGCCUCCGUGUUGUCCGUUGAUGUAUGGAGGAGUUUGAAUAACUGCUUUCCUUGCUGUAGCAGGGUAGGGGAUUUGUCACCACCUUAGGUCGGUGGUAAUGUGUGGGAUCGUCCAGGAUCUGAUUGCUGCUGGACUAGCAACAUCUCCUCUGCUUGAAGGUGUAUCAAUUCUAGCCGGGGUGCUAGGAAGAGGUGAUUCUUCACCAUCUUUUUGAGAAAUACUUAAAUAACAAUAAAGAUUGCAAUUAUUAUUUGUACCCAGGGUUCUUGUACUGGCUUGCUAGCUAAGCCGUAAGGCGAAACGAUUAGGCUUGGUGUUUUUUGGUGACUGGUGAGGCCCUGCUAGUUGCCAAGUGGCUUGAGAGGCUCUAUCUAUGCUUGGCGCGAGGGGAUUUUGUGUGGCCACCGAACGUUGUGGCAGGAUGUUGGCCUCUCGGUGACAGUAACCAGAAAAUAGGAAGGGGAGUGACAGGUGAGGUCCUCUCUAUGAUACAAUGCGAGGCGACUAGCUCACGAGUGGCCCGAGGGGUGUAUGCCUCCGAGUGUGAGGCGGGGUGUUGGCCUCGCGGGACCACUAACCGAAGCAUAAUGCAGAGAAAAAAGGGGGUAAUACCUAUUGGGCCCUAGAACCCUAAUUGCCAGUACACUAUUACUAUUCCAGGGACGGUAAGAGAUGGAUAACUACGUGAGCAGGUGUAUGUGCCUGGUAGUAUGGUAUUGAACCUGACAAUCCGUAUAGGUUUUUUAGUAGUAACUGUAACCUGAAUGGAUAAAUCCGUAUGGCAUAAGGAAAUAUGGCAUAGACCAAGCUUAUCUUAAUACGUACAGUAUAUGUGAAAAGUAAAGUGACGUGAUGUGUAAAUAUUAAACAUCGUAGCCAUACUGGUUAAAUAUGUAUCAAUCUUAACCCAUUAAGUGCUGUAUGUACAAGUGAAAAUGUGGUCUGUCCCCACCUUGUAUGUUGUAUGUCCCCUUGCUAGGGGAAGUCUGUUGCGGGAGCAGCGUGCUGUGAAAAAUGUAUGUGAACUAUAUUACCAGUUACAUAUAUACAGAUGCAUCUGCUACUGUGUAAUAAUAUAUGUAUUUAUACCAGAUGUUGAUAUAGUGCUUGCUAUGUGAAUUGUUGUAUGUCUUAUUGAAUGGUAGGGGUCAGUGAACAUGGUGUUGCAAAAUGCAAGUGCACUGGAGAUCUGCCGAGUGCCCUAUAGGUGGCAGUGUAGUUGGAUACUGAUUGGUAUGUGAAAUGUUGUUUGUCUGUUGACCUAUAGGUGUCAGUGUUUUGGUGUUUGUAAAACCCCAUGAAAAUUGUCAAUGUACUUGACAGACCUGUAGGUGGCAGUGUUGAUAGAACCACUGUUGGUCUUGAUGUGAAAUGUAAAUUAUUGUGAAUUAAACCUGAAGUUGAGCCCGUGCUGGAGUUUAAUUUAUGGUCUAUAGUUAUGUUUAAAACAAUCUUAUGUGUAAUUUAUAUUGGCUGGUAAAUUGUAUAUGACAUGUGAAGACAGUUUUGCUGUUGACCAGUAGGGGUCAGAAAUGCUGAUUGUAUGUUAAAAUACCCUUUAACCCCUUAAGGACCAAACUUCUGGAAUAAAAGGGGAUCAUUACACGUCACACAUGUCAUGUGUCCUUAAGGGGUUAAUGCUACCAUUUGACAGAUAGGAGUCAGUAUAAAAGCGAAAAUGCUGUAGUUAGUUUGUUUGCUUAUGAAGUGGAAUAAAAUCUGAGAAGCCUGUAGUAUACUGAUUGACCGGUAGGGGUCAGCAUGUAGGCGAAAAUGCCGUGGUUAGUUGGUUUGUACAUGAAAUGCAAUAAUGUCUGAGAAGCCUGUAGUACACUGAAUGACCUGUAGGGGUCAGUGUGUAGGCGCAAAUGCAGUGGUUCGUUGGUUUGUACAUGAAAUGCAAUAAUGUCUGAGAAGCCUGUAGUACACUGAAUGACCUGUAGGGGUCAGUGUGUAGGCGCAAAUGCAGUGGUUCGUUGGUUUGUACAUGAAAUGCAAUAAUGUCUGAGAAGCCUGUAGUACACUGAAUGACCUGUAGGGGUCAGUGUGUAGGCGCAAAUGCAGUGGUUCGUUGGUUUGUACAUGAAAUGCAAUAAUGUCUGAGAAGCCUGUAGUACACUGAAUGACUAGUAAGGGUCAGUGUGUAGGUGAAAAUGCAGUGGUUUAUGGUUUUGUACAUGAAAAGCAAAAACGUCUAAGAAGCCUGUAGUACACCGAAUGACUGAUAGGGGUCAGUGUGUAGGUGAAAAAUGCAGUGGUUUGUUGGUUUAUACAUGAAAUGCAAUAAUGUCUGAGAAGCCCGUAGUACACCGAAUGACCGGUAGGGGUCAGUGUGUAGGCGCAAAUGCAGUGGUUCGUUGAUUUGUACAUGAAAUGCGAUAAUAUCUAAGAAGCCUGUAGUACACUAAAUGACCAGUAGGGGUCAGUGUGUAGGCGCAAAUGCAGUGAUUCGUUGAUUUGUACAUGAAAUGCAAUAAUGUCUGAGAAGCCUGUAGUACACCAAAUGACCAGUAGGGGUCAGUGUGUAGGUGCAAAUGCAGUGAUUCGUUUAUUUGUACAUGAAAUGCGAUAAUGUCUAAGAAGCCUGUAGUACACCAAAAACCGGUAGGGGUCAGUGUGUAGGUGAAAAUGAGGUGGUUUAUUGGUUUGUACAUGAAAAUGCAAAAAACGUCUAAGAUGCCUGUAGUACACCGAAUGACCGAUAGGGGUCAGUGUGUAGGUGAAAAUGCGGUGUUUGGUUGGUUUUUACAUGAAAUGCAAUAAUGUCUGAGAAGCCGGUAGUACACCGAAUGACCGGUAGGGGUCAGUGUGUAGGCGAAAAUGCAGUGGUUCGUUGGUUUGUACAUGAAAUGCAAUAAUGUCUAAGAAGCCUGUAGUACACCCAAAGACCGGUAGGGGGUUUAAGCGAAUGAUAUGCAUGAACAUGCAAUGGUUUUAGAACAGACAUAGACAAAAUGCAGCUGUAAAGUGAGGACCUGACCCGUGCAUGGUGCCGUGGGACUGAUGCCUGGCGUAACGGGUAGGUCGACUUACUGUUUGUGAGUCACUUGGACACCAUCCACGGCGAUGGAUUGAAGAAAGAAGGUGGUAGGCCGGAAAAGCCUGUGGCUGGAUUCCUGACACAGCUCUGCUUAGAAAACCUCAUGGAGUAAUCAGGUAAAAUGGCAUCUGGAUGACCCGGAAGUGGAAAUCAUUCUGAUGCUGACCUCAAGCGAUAUGAGUCAGGUAAGGGGUGUCCCUUAUAUAGGGGAGUGAAUUAAUUUAAGCCCCUCCCACAAAUACAGGCAAAACUGCCUUAAUACAUGUGAAAAUAGCACAUUGCUAUUAGACUGUUUAAGCAGCCAUUAAACUAAUAACCUAUGCAGAGGGUCGAUCAGAAUAGACUGAAUGACUUGGGGUUGCAGUACAUAAGGGGGAUGGAUAAUAUUUUGUUGUAAAAUCGGAAGUCACUGAACUAUAUUCGAUAAAACCAUAACGUGAGUCAUAGCUGCACUGUAGAGGGCUGUGAAGAUCAGCUAUACGAUCUUUUGUAAAACACCCUCUCGUCAUUCAUGAAUUUCAAUUAAAUAUUGAUUUAUUUCUCAAUAAAAUAAUUUAGCAGGAAUAUGUUGUUUCCUUUCAUUUUACAGGAUGUUACCAGUAAAAAUCAUGCAGGAGAAAUAUAUUAUAUUUUAUAAUGUAUUCGUCUCUAAAAAUGAAUACCUUCCUGCAGAUUCCAAUUAGACUGGGUAAAUUUGGAGUCCUUAAUAUGGGAUUAUACCACAAAGCUGCAUUAUUCCCAUACGUAAUAAACCUCCAAAGCCAUGGUUACAACAAACCGGAAGAGCACAUAGAAGGUAUACCUGUCUGUCACUGUGCUCUCUGCUCUAUUCUGGAUCCCUAGAGCCAAAACAUACCUACUCUCUACCGUAGGCCGAAUAUUGCAUAUGUGGGAUAACGUGCUUUAGCAUUUACUACCCGUGACCAAUAACUCUGAAAAUAACACAAUACCUAUUUGAAAAUUAUAGCCCCCUCCCGGUAACUUUACAAGCUGAGUUAUAGAUCAAUUACAUUUUAUCCACGAACUAUGACUUUGUGAAUUGCAACAGGAGCAUUAUUUUUUCUGCAAGUACAUAUUUUCAGAUACUUUAUCCCAUGGCAAAAAAAACAAACCAAGGCAUGUUAUAUGUUAAAAUUGCAGUCAACUCAUCCUCUUGUACCUAGCCAUUGCAUAUCAGCCCAACUAUAGGAAAAACCCCUUAUUACUUAGCAUGGGAAAAGGACUUAAAAGUAUCAAUCUCUAACCAAGAAUGAUCGCAAAUCAUAAACGCCCGCCAGGAACAUGCUUGCUUACAUAGCAUAAUCGAGGCCCACAAGAUCAUGUUAUUCCACUGGCACCUCAUCCUACAUAAACUUUCUAGAAUUGGCAGUACCAGUACAAUGCUGGAGAUGCCUAAAAGAUUCAGAAACGUGGUGAAACAGACAUUUUGGAAACCGUUACAUAUAUAUUACAUGAUACACAGAACAUAUUAAAUACUAUAAUCCUGCUAUUUCCAGUUGUUCCUCUUAAAGUUAUUUCCCCAUCUUUCACACUGCGCCAUAGAGCAUUAAAAGGACAUAUAUUAUCAAAUAUUAGCAGUUUCCUUUCUGUACCUUAAAUAAUGCAGGCAGUGAUGAAGUUUUGUGGAUUAAAAAAAAAUCUCAAUACAAAAAUGUUAUGGCUGUAUGGAAUCUAUGAAUCCUCUACCUUAAAGGAACCCUCCAAACAUUUAAAGUAACUUAGGUUGCUGGAGUGCUUUGUGUGAGGAGUAUUUUCAUUUUACAAAAAGUGCAGGUUUCAUUAGAUAUUGGCACUUUUAUAAAUUAACCUUCUUACCCCCUUCCCCUCCCCCCACUACCAAUUGGACAACAGGUUCUUUUACUUCCUGGUUGUCAAGAUGCAUCAAUUGCCAAGCGCACCUGCCUUGCAAAGGCUUCUAAUUGAGCUGGAUUGGGAAGUCUGUGAUUGGACAACCACUGAAGGUCUGGGUGAGGUUAGAAGAGUAGGGCUUGCAAAAGCUACGUACAAGAGAACUGCUAUUUGGCAAACUAUUUUUAGAUAUACUGCCAAUGAAAAAGGCAUGCAUGUUUACAUUUGGAGUAUAUCCACUAAAUAGUGAUUUUUUUAUUUUUAUUUCUUUAUUUGUAUUUGGACUGUGGAGUGUCAGUUUAAUUCCUUCCUUUGUGAAGCACUCUAACUCUCCAUAUCAGGCAUGGUUGUAACGCCAUUAUUUGCUAUAUAUAUUGGCGUAUCGCUCUCCAUUGAUUACUUUAUGCAGGGAUGUAAAGCGCCUUUAUUCUCUCUGUGAAUUGAGUACACUUCCCCUGGCAGCUAGUUUGUAUCUAGAUUUGCAUGGUGAUGUUUUAAGGUUAGUGUAUCCAAGAAUUCUUUACAUGUAAUUCUACUACCAAAAUAUGAGGUUAUACACUGUUUAAAUUAAGGUCCUUUUAUUUUGCUCUUUGCAGCUGUCUGGUUUUCCACGAUUCUUGUUCUGCUCAGUUUUUGAAUAUAGCUAAAUUUAGAACAAAUAUUCUGAUUUUAAGAGACACUAAACAAUAUAAGCGCUACAGCUCGGUUAGAGUAUUCUGGCGUCAUUCCCUCAGUUUAAUGUCAACCAUUUAGGAAGCUUGACAUAAACCAAGGCACUUCAGCCCCCAGGGGCCCCCUUUCCUAAACGGUGUUAAUAAUCAUGAAUUAACACUUAUCAAUCUAACCAAGGAGCGUGUGAACUGCAGGAACUGGAAAGAGCCUAGUUUAUGUCAAACCAUUCCUUAACAUUUUCUAUUAAACUGUCUUGUGGUACUAGGACACUCUAGACAUCAUGACCACUACUGCUGGCUGUAAUGCUUGCGUUAAUUCAAGUGCUUCUCUAGGUUCAUGACCACUACCUUCCUGUGUGCUCUUUCCUGGGGAAAUGAUAACAUAAACGUCCUUUGAUGUAUAGUUGUGAUACAGGACUGGACAUUAUUUUCUUUUCUUUUGCACAGGCUGACUGAUUUUAUUAAGAUUAAAAUCUUUGAAAGAUAUAACAUUUCCUGUCUUGUAACCGUUCACCAAAUAACUAAUAAUAAAAAAUAAAAUAAAAAACUCAAAAAUGUAAAAUAUAUAUGAGGUAUAUAUUUUUUUCUUUUCUUAUGAGGUUGCUAUGACACAAUUUAUAGAGUUGGCGUGCUAUGUAUUCACCUUUAUUGCACAGUAUUUUAACGUGUCCAAAUCUUACACAGAAUAAUUAUUUCAGGGCAAAAAAAAUCGUAUAGAACUGAUACAGCAUUGAUUCUACAAUAAAAAAAAAAAAACAUUAAAUAUCAAACCAACUUAUCUAAAUCGAUUUUCUUUUAGAUAAUUCCAGUACGGGUUUUCAGGGUAUUGACAAGAAAACCUCCGAAAAGACCAGCCUUUGCAGAAGUCUUCGUGAGCAGCUGGAGGCUUUGGAGAAGGAGACCUCUGCAAAGCUCCUGGAGAUGGAUUCUUUCAAUAACCAGCUCAAGGUAGGACUGGGCUAACCACAAGUUGACCACAGAAUGCUGCCGUUUUUCUCUUCUGUUUGCGAUUUGUUUUGCUUUCCAGGUAUGUGCAAGCAGCUAGUUAAUCUAGGAGAACCAUGGCAAUAGUUACAGAAGCAAUGGAGCAAUCAGAGGGCAUGACAGUCCGCACAUUCUCUAAUUGUAUAUGAGCCUGUGUACACAUGGCUAGAAGCCAAGUACUUGUCCACAUACAAAGAGAAGAUCUUGACUUAUUUUAGAACUGAAUAUCAUUGGUUAAGGGCUUCAGUGAUUCUUACAAAUAACUGUUUCAGUACUAGAAGAGUAAGUAGUGAGUAUUGUGAUUGCUCUCUACAAUGUUAUGUUCUCUUUCUUUCCAUCUAUGAGGGGAUUUAUCCAAUACUUUACCUUAUACCUAGGAUACUGCUUCAUGUUGUCAUGAACAAUUUAUGAAGGGAUUGUUUUUAUCAUGAACUGAUAACACGCACUUGUUUGCGUUAAUUUGUGGCCUUCGAUUUCUGACUGAUUAACUACCUCAAGUAUGUUAUAGCAAUAAAAAAAAAAAAAGUUAAAUUUCUUAUAGGUGUCUAUGCAAAAUGUAUAACUUUAAAGUGUCAAUAUGCUUUCAGUAAAUAUAAAUAUAUAAUGUGUGAAGACUUGGCACUCUCAUUACCGGAAUUAUAGAAUAAUAGUUGCCUGGGUCCUGAUCCAAGUGCGCAAAUUCUUUUUUAUAUAUAUGUAUAUAAUAUAUUUCCUCUGGCCUAAUUAAUGGUCUGUAUGGAUAUAGCAGUAUCCUUGUGUAGAGGAGGUGCAUCAUGCUUGACAGAGACCUGUUUUAAUCAUGGAUUUCUGCAUUGUUGUAGCUGAAUGGAUUUACAGAUGUUGAGAAAAACAAUGUAGAUUCACAGCACUUUAGUUACCAAUAGGUAUUUUAUUUUUGUUAUGAUGUACAUUUACUCAUGAUUUAGCUCUGUUUAGAACAUUAUCAAUCCAUAGUUGUUAUGUUAGCAACUGGCACUGGAAAGAGGUGGUUCUGAGCAAAUAGGGAGCGCAGUUCAUUCAAUUUUUUUUUUUUUUUUUUAAAUGGUAAAAGUGCAUGAUUCUUCAAGAGAAAAGGUGUUUAGCGAUAUUGGCCUUCAGGGAUAUUUACUGAGGAAGCCCUGGCAAGUACUGGUUACUGCAUGUUUUAUGACUCCAGAUCAAGAAUGGGGUCCUUUUAACAUUUUGUUUUAAACUGCUUAGGAUAUUUUCUUAAAGGUGUAGCCCAUAUUUCCUUUGUCUUUGUGAUUGGCUUAUAAAUUAUGUAUGUGGAAUAGGUGAGCUCCAGCAAGAAUCUACUUACCUUCGAUAUGGGACAUUUAUUUGACAGUCCUUUUUGUUGAAACAAAAUGUGAAUCCUAGCACAUACUAUUUGUUCUUAUAACCAAUUAUUAUCAUAAGCAAAUAACAGACAGACACAAUGGGGAAAGCCUGCAAAUAAUAUGUUACAUGCAUUAAGCUGCUUAAUCAAUAGGCACAACUACGUAUUUUAAGUGCUUUAAAUUUCUACUUUAACAAUCAACAUAAUAAAAAAAUAGCAACAAUCCAUUACUUGCUGUUUCUUUUAAUAUGAUCCUAUCUGUUGCUAUGAAUAAAUCUAGUUCCUCACUUCUUCCAUUGAAAACUAGGGCUUUAGUCUGCUAAAAGCUAUAAUAUCUUUUCUACCACUCUUACCUGUCUGCGGUCACUAAAAUAUACUUUAAACCAAUGGCUGCAUUUAAAAUACGCUAUAAGCCUUGGAAAGUGUUAAGCUCCUGACCUUACACCUGCUUGUGUAAAAACAGACAUAUAAUUACAUAGGCUGAAGAAAUUAUUUUGGGAAUGUCAUAUAUUUGACCAAAAUAGGAGAAUUUUCCCUGCUUAAAAUUUAGGGUUUCAAAUGUGUAAUUCCUUGUAGUUCUCCAUAGUUCCCAGUUAAAUGAAUAGCACCAUAGAUUUUUUACUUGUAAUACUUAUUCUAAAUAUAACUGGAAAUAAUUAAUAUUCACACAACUCGAGCAGCAAGUGGCCUCCUGUAAAUUCUUUUUUUUUUUUUUUUUUUUUUUUAUUAAAAGCCACCUGGUUAUCAAUUUUUAUAUUUUAUAAUAAACCACAUAAAGCUGGCUAUAAAUCGUGUUACGUGUUUGACUUUUUUUUCCCUAACAUAUGGUGGCAGUACGAUAGGGAUGUGCUCUUCCCUGGGACAAGCCUCUGAAAGAAAUUAACGUAUAAAAGAAAUGGACGAUCAUCGGAAGACUAGAAGACUGGUGAGGCACACAGGUUGAUUCCUGGGGGAACUGACCUGAUAGCCUCCCGGGUGGAGAGCUGCAUGGUCCUGCUCCAACCUGCAGGAUUACAGAGCAGGUAGGAGCUGCUUGUUUUUUAUGCCGAGUGCGGCUACCGGCGGAACAAGUGUGCAGUUCUUAGAGGCAGCCAAUCACUGCUCGAAUGGGACGCGUGCGCACAGCGGGUGGUUGUGCGUUCCACCGAAGUUCUGAUUGUGCAACUGGGCAUGCGUGAUCGGAACUUCUGAUUUUUGGCGCCAAUUUUUAACAAAUGUUCUUAUAAAAAGUUGUGCAGGUCCUACUGAGAGCAGGGAGGCUACUCAGAACAGAUCUCCCGUGUCACCAGCACCCCCACACGGGUCAGAGGUUUUAGAGAUUAGAUUUAUUGGUCCUAAUCAUUAAAAUCUGUUUUGUUUUUUUUUAUUUAAAAGGUAGAUUUUUUUUUGAUUUUUUUUUUUACAGCUAUGUCUGGUCCUGUCUGCCCUGACAAUAUGGGACAAAGUGACUGCUCCAGUGCGCAAACUGGACAAAGUGACUGCUCCAGUGCGCAAACUGGACAAAGUGAACUCUCCAGUGCCCAAGCGGGACAAAGUGAACUCUCCAGUGCCCAAACGGGACAAAGUGACUGCUCCAGUGCCCAAAAAAGCUACUUAUAAAACUAAGCAUUUGUGUAUGUAGUGAAUGUUCUAUGCCUCUACCAGAUGGCACAAAGAAAAGAAUCUGCAAUUAACGUUCGACCUAACGCUGGAAAGAUCUAAGCAACAGGACAUGAAAUCUUUUUUUAUCUUUGUUCAAGGACAACCUAGCUCAGACCUUUGAAUCAUUUAAAGAAGCUUCAAAGGCAAGUCCACGUACUUCAAAAGCAAGCUCAGUGAAAACUUCUAAAAGACACAAACUGAAGAGAUUAUCUUCUAAAUCUGAGUUGUCUUCUGGUGAAUGCUCCACAUCUGAAUUUUCAGACACUUCUAGUGAUUCCUCAUUGAUGGAAUUUGGGUUUCCACACGAGGAAUUAAAAAGGUUUUUCAAAGAAGUUUAUAUCGCCUUGCCAGAGGAUAUGCCAGAGGAAGGCAAUAAAAAGGCCAUGCCAAGACAGUAA